UUUUCCCUCCCAAGUACCAAAAUAACUAUGGUGAACACCACAGGUGGUGCAAGACUAUGACUUGUCUAGUGUAGGGUUCUUUAAAUUGAACUAUCCUACGCACUUAAACCAGAAGUAGGAGUGAUGGGAACUAGACUAAGGCAACCAUGGGUUGCUUUCGGCUCCUAUGGAGUCUUCUCAUACUGGCCAUAUUGGCCGAAGGAAAUAGGCCGCGCCAUACGGCGAAGAGUCUCAAGAAGGAGAACAAAACUACAGGCUCACAAGGGAAACGACAGUUUAUAGCCUACAAUUACCCAAAUACCGCAACCUCUGGACCCCAGUAUAACCAAGGCCAGACACAACCAUGCUGCCCGCAAGGAAUGUACUGUCCAGACAUGCCUCCGUGCGUGGACGGUGCGAGGCCAGAGCCACAGUAUCCUCAGUACAGCGGUGUGCAGCCUAAGGCUGUUUUAGUAGAUCCCUCAACAGCCGCGCUUGCGCAGCAGAUGGGUGACUUUCCUGCGCCUGCGCCUACGCAUGCUCCAACAAAGCCUGCCGCUGACCUGCCUCCGGAUAGGAAGCAGAUCUACGACGUGAAUGGGCAGAAGUUCAAAAGCAUGGGUUGCUGGAAGGACACAUGGGAUCGUGCUAUCGCCCCCCUGGAAGGCAAGCACCCUUUGCUGAUGGAGCCCGACUACAAGGCCAGGACUAACGCUCUAAUGAAGUGCGCUACGGCCGCAAAAGAUUUCAACCUCACGAUGUUUGCGGUACAGAACGGGGGCCAGUGCUUCGGAGACACAACAGAGGCACGGUCCUACAUGAAGUUUGGCCCUAGUAUCAGCUGUCGCGGCGACGGUGAAGGAGGACCUUGGGGCAACGAGGUCUACAGUUUCAUCGAGCCCGAGAACAAGGGAAAGUCGAAGACAAUUUUGGAUGAAUCAACGGUCAAGCCUGACUCUGAGGAUAUCGUUGUGCCAGGUAUCAUCGAUGUCGAUGCUGAUACACCGAGACCCACAGCGGUCACGAAACCGACGAUGAUGGCGACACCGACAAUGUCGAGAAUCGACCAAGUAGAUUUCAUUCCUGCUGCCCAUGAAAAGGAAGAUAAAAAUGACGAGGAAGUGCCAACCGUGAAAAUAACCGCCGAAUAUGCUCCAACGCCAGCUUCACGUAUUCCCGAUAUACAGAAGGAUAUUAACGAUAUUCCGCCCGAGCAUAAGAUACCGUCUCACGGGAUACAUGUGAAUGCAUCAGAAGAAUCGGAGAAUGAUCUUGUCGAUUCUGAAAUGCUCUCAGAGCCGACUCAUUCUAGUUUCCAUCACGAGACGCCGAUAAAUGAAGAGGUCAAUGGCAUACCACUAAACGACGAAAUGAAUCCCGCAACAUCGACUACUGACGAUGAAAAGAAUUUCUUAGAGAGUUUAUUGCCCCAUGAUAAAGAAGUCAGCAAAUCGACUUCAGGAUUCCACAGGGCGGUACAUUCUCUGCCAGAGAAAACAAUUGCAACAGCCAAAGUGAGUUCCUUGAAGAAAGGCGAUGUCGCCCCUAAAGUUCCCAUGUCAGCGCAGGAUAUGAAGGACGAACUGACGGCGUACGAUUUUCCCAGUAAGCACAUGUCAGCUGUUACGACAGGAGAUGCCUCUGUCGUUCCUGACACAAGCAAUCAGCUGUCUCAGCAGCAGGCUGGGCUCCCAGACUUGAUGUCAGAAGGCACUGAAAGUGAUACCUCCAAAGACUUAGCCGCGCUUCACAAGGAAACACAAGAGCAUGAACCAGCUUCCAACGCCGCGCCUAACCUCCUGGAGCAACUCCCACCUCAGCAGACUGUCGGCACUGCUCAUGCGCAAGACACGUCCCACAUGGCUCAAGUUAAUCCAGACGCUCAUCUUGGUCCACCAUCAGUUAUAAAGACACCCGAUGAGCUUGGUCCUCCCCUGGAGGUGCCCAAGUCGUCUGCCACAAGCGAAGAUGAGUUUGGGGAGUUUGGCCAGCCAUCGAAGGCGGAAGGCUUCAGCCCCCCGCUUGACACAGAAAGCCUAGGACCGCCUCUAGAAGACCAUGAGACAGAGGUCGGGGCGCAUGAAUCCAUACCACAGGGUGACCCGGAAGCUAACAGCAGGCUCGAUACGAGUCCUAUAAGACGUCUUCCACCCCUCCGUCAACCUGCGCAUGUCUGUCUACCAUGUCCGACAGCGAGGCCCACGGCACCUACAGCAUGCAAGGCCCCACUAGACGUGGUGUUCCUAGUGGACGGGUCGAGGAGUGUGGAGAGACAAGGAGUGGGGAACUUCCGCCGCGAGUUGUCUAUGAUUCGCGAUAUGAGUGCGGGAUUCAUCAUAUCUCGGACUAAUGUCCGGUUUGGUCUUGUCGUCUACGGCACGCGUCCGAGGGUCGUGUUCGGUCUUAACGGAUUCAGAAAUAACGGCGGACUGUUUAACGCACUGAAUAGACCUAUCAAGAAUCCACAAACGGGCUCAAGGAUCGGACUGGCCUUGCGUGCUGCUUACACUAGAGUGCUUGCAAGAAGCCCACGUCGCGGCGCCACCAAAAUCAUAGUGGUUUUGGCAGACGGUCGGUCAGAAGACGAUGUCCGUCGACCCUCUAACGCACUCCAAGCGCGCGGGGUCAAGAUAUUUGCAAUCGGUAUCGGUCGCUAUAUCAACGGCCGUCAGUUAGAUCAGUUGGCGUCACGGCCGAGACGAACCCACAUUUUUACGGCAGAUUGGCCCCAUCUCAAGCUCAUCAUUAACCAUGUCAGGAAUGCCAUUUGCUUAGGUAGCGGUGGCACCCUGAUACGAGCGACACAUCGAGUCUGUAUUUGCCCUGUCAAACCAGGUCCGCCUACUAAGCGCCCUACCAUCACGACGAAACCAACCCGUAGACCAGUGUUCCCUCCAGUGCUGGCAAUCUACCCGCUCAGUCGCACAUCACGUGGCCGCGACAUCAGCGGACAUCGGAACCCCACCGGACGCCUUACCAAUGUCCGCCCUGCGCCCGGCCCGGACGGAAUUCCGGCUGGCUCUACAUACUUCUAUGGUCGCCGCAACUCGUAUAUCUUGUUCCCUAACACUGGAAAACUUGAUGCCACCUACUCGGUCACAUUCAUAGCAUGGGUCUACCCUCAAGGGACUGGUCCCAUAUUCCAUUAUGCACACGGUGGUGUCCGGUUAUGGGUCAGCAAGAGGAGUAUUGAAGUGGUGUUUGUCAGACGCACCGCACGGGCAACGAAGCCCUUGAUCGCUCUCAAGGUUCUCCGUCCAAACCAGUGGAACUAUAUCUCUGCUUCGUACAACUUCAAGACUGGAGUGGCAAAGAUCUGGAAGAAUUCACGCCCCGUAUUCUCGCGUUUCAUUGGACGUAUCCGAUUGGCUACUAACCGCCCAAUCAGGAUGGGCGCUUUGUCACAUGACAUGAGGUACUUCCGUGGUCGUGUGUCAUGUAUGCAGAUCUACAGCUACGAGUUGACUGGCGCAGAGAUUCAGAAGGUUAAACGACUAUGCUUCAGAGCACGACCAACUAAGAGACCUACCGGCAAACCAACGACCAAGCCUAUCACCCUACCGCCAGCAGUGGCGUUCUAUCCUCUUACCAAGGUCUACAGGGCAGUCGACGUGAGCAGAAGUCGUAACCCUCCCGGCCGAAUUAGAAACGCCCGACCAGCGCCUGGCCCGGACGGCUCUCCAAAUGGGUCAUACCGAUUUAACGGUCGAAGAAACAGCUACAUAGUGUUCCCAAAUCGCGGAAGACUAGACACUCGUAACUCGAUUACCUUGAUAGCGUGGGUGAAUCGCGAGGGACGGGACGGACCCGUCUUCAAUUACAAUCCCGCGGGUUUUGGCGUCCACAUGUGGAUUAUCCAAAGGAACGUGCUCUUCGCCAGGUUUGUGACACGAAAGAAGCGCUCCACACCCGCUCUCACCGUGAGGAUUAAACAUAGAGCGUGGAACUUCGUAGCAGCCACGUAUGAUCAUCGGACAGGCGUCGGAAAGUUGUUCGUGGAUGGGGUUAAAGCUGGUUCGAGGAAGAUUGGUCGGAUUCGCCUCGGCACGAACUUCCCGGCCCGCAUGGGUGCGCGCAUACGUGAUAGACGGUAUUUCCGCGGACGUAUCACCUGCAUGCAGGUGUAUGAUCGGGCGCUGACUGCACAUCAGAUUCGAAUCGCACGAAAUUUAUGCUUCAGAGCCUGGCCCACACCCAAGCCUCCGAAAACUCUUCCAACGCCAACAAGACGACCAGUGUGCAAACCCAAACUCGAUCUUGGAUUCCUGAUCGAUGGUUCUGGAAGCAUCAAUCACCGCAAUGGAAGAAAUUUCGUCGAAAUCAUACGCUUCACAAAACUUCUAAUCAGCUCAUUCCAGAUCUCCCGGCGUCAAACCCGAGUAGGCGUGGUUCUGUUUUCGGGACGUCCAUACUUGAUAUUCAACUUUAAUAAGUACUCCCGAAAACAGGAUGUCCUUAAAGGCGUGGACCAGAUCCGUUAUCCACGCGGAAAUACCUUCGCUGGAAGGGCUCUUACGUUUGUGAAGAGGUACCUUUUCAGCGGGGUUCCCUCACGCUCUCGUAAAAGGGUCCUGAUCGUUUUAACGGAUGGCAAGUCUCGGGACUCUGUCACCGGGCCCGCUUUGGCUCUAAAGAGGGCCGGUGUCAGGGUAUACGGCGUUGGAGUUGGCCGCGCGUUUAGUAGGGCUCAGCUACGACGCAUCUCCACGGAUCGCAGACAUAUGUUCACUGUGGGCUUCAAGGCACUGAGACGUCUUGUCGGGGUCAUGAAGAACCGCCUGUGCAGAGAAGUGCGACCAACGCCUACAAAACCAACAAAGCGCCCAACCCGUCCCACACGACCUCCAAAGCCGACUAAGCCAGCUCCUGUACCUCCUGCAAUGGGAAUCUACCCAUUAAACGGUAUCUACCAAGGCCGCGACAUCGGCAUCUAUCGGAAUCCUUCCGCACGACUAUAUAAUGUCGGUAUAGGCUCAGGACCCGAUGGCCUUCCGGCAGGCUCCGUGCAACUUCGUGGCCUCCCGAACAGCUAUAUCUACUACCCGAACAGAGGUCGUCUUGACACCAAGAACUCCAUAACAAUCGCGAUGUGGCUGCGCCCAGAGAGUCGCGGUCCAGUGUUCCACUACAUGCCUAGUGGCGCCGGCGUCAAUGUCUGGAUGUUGCGAACCAAUACUGUGAUCGUGCGCUUCGUGAAUAGGAAUCGUCGGCUCGUCCGGUCGGUCUCGAGUCGCGGGGUUAAACCGCGUCGAUGGAAUUACUUGGCGUUUACAUACGACGCCCGGACAGGACUUGGAACAAUCUGGAGAAACUCAGUCCCCAUCGCACAGCGUAACCUGGGUCGGUUCCGCCUGGCCACCAAUCAUCCCGCAGUGUCCGGUCGUAAGCAGAGAAGCAGAUGGUUCUUCCGCGGUGGGAUCGCGUGCGUGCAUGUCUACAGCACCGCUCUCAACGCCUAUCAGAUUAGUGCUAUCAAGAAAUCGUGCUUCAGGGCACCAAUUACAAGACCAACACCACAACCUCUACCUGUCGUUGUCGCUAUCUACCCCUUGGAUAAAAGCAAUCGCGGGCGCGACGUCAGCGGUUCUCGACGCCCAACUGGACGCUUUAGUCAGGUCAACUUUGCUACCGGACCGGACGGGGUGUCCAAGACCUCAACAGCAUUUUAUGGAAUCAGGACCAGCUUUGUAGAAAUUCCGAACCGUGGACUGCUGGAUACGCGGAACUCGAUUACCAUUUUAGCGUGGAUCUACCACAGCGGCAAGUCUGGCCCUAUCAUCAACUACAACCCUGGCCCAAAAUGGGGGCUGCAUAUGUGGAUGACCUCUCCGAGGACCAUUCUCGUCCGGUUUGUGACAAGAAAUGGAAGGCUCACCCCGCCCCUAGUAGCCUAUCGUCGCAUAAGAUACCGCGCUUGGAGUUACGUGGGCGCAACUUACAACCAGCGGACUCGCUUGGCAACACUGUGGAUCAACGGGAAGCCUGUGGUUCGUCGUAACAUUGGCCGCAUUCAGCUUGCCACCGACAGAGCUAUCAGGCUUGGUGCCAAGAUCCGUGACCGCAGAUACUUCCGUGGUCGCAUCUCUUGUGUGCAGAUCUAUAGUGUGGCGUUGAACGCGGCUCAGAUUCGUGCCGCUAGGAAAAGGUGCUUUAAAGCUCCUCCCCCUACCAAACCCACGCGACCAACUCUUCGGCCCACUAGACCCACAAGACCGCCCCAGCCACCCAUAACAGUGUGCCGCUCUACGGUUGACUUGGGUUUCGUCAUCGAUGGUUCUGGAAGCAUAGAGCAUUAUGGUCGUGGCAACUUCCGGCUGGUCCUCAACUUCGUUAGCGCCAUCAUCAACUCGUUCACAAUCUCACGCCGUCAGACUCGCGUUGGCGUCGUUCUAUACUCUUCUCGACCCUAUUUGAUAUUCAACUUCCGGCGGUAUUCCAGCAAAUCCGCAGUCCUUCGGGCAGUCCGAUCCAUACGUUAUCCUCGCGGAAGUACGUUUAUUGGGAAAGCCCUGCGUUACGCGAGGCGAAAGCUGUUCCCCGGUUCCAGGCCGCGAAGUCGCAAGAGAGUACUUAUAGUCCUCACUGAUGGCAUAUCCCGUGACCGAGUGACAGGCCCAUCACGUGACUUGCGCCGCUCGUCCCAGGCCGUGAUCUACUCAGUGGGUAUCGGACGUCGCUUCAAGCGCUCUGAGCUUAACAAGAUCGCAGGCGACGCAAGCCGCGUAUUCGUUGCCAGAUUCAGAGAACUGAAGAAGAUCGUUCGCUCAAUAACCAAGCGAGUCUGCCGACCUUACGUUCCUCCUACGAAAAGACCAACUCGGCCGUUGCCUAAAUCCUCUGCGGUGUAUCCGCUGGACAAACCAAGGCGCGGGCGCGACAUUAGUCGCAACAGGAAUCCCAUCGCUCGACUUGUAAAUGUCUCUCUCAAACCCGGUCCCGACGGUCGGCGAGACGGCUCGACGCAGUUCUACGGCAGUCGUAACAGCUUCGUGGAGAUUCCGUACCUGCCGAAGCUGCGAGCUAAACACUCGGUCACUAUUCUUGCGUGGGUGUACCACGAGGGUCGCGCGGGGCCGAUUGUGAACUUUGACCGAGAUGGGUGGGGUGUUCACUUUUGGAUGGUAGCGCCCCGUAGGCUGUUCGCACGGUUCGUCACGCGAAAAGGAAAAAUGACCACCCCAGUCACCACAAAGAAAUUCAGGUAUAAGGCAUGGAACUAUGUUGGCGCAAGUUACGAUGACAGGACAGGAAUUGCCUCGCUAUUCGUGGAUGGCGUCGUGGUGGCCAAGCGCUUUAUCGGUCGCCGACUACGUCUUAAUACAAAGCACUCUAUCCGGCUUGGUGCACGGAAAGGCGACGGAAGGUACUUCAAGGGGAGACUCUUCUGUGUUCAGUUGUUCAACUACGCGCUCACUUCGCGGCAGGUGCGAGCUGCUAGACGACGUUGCUUUCUUAAAGCACCGAUCACACGUCCACCGCCAACGCCUCGGCCAACAAAACCUCCACGAGUUUGCAGAGUCCGUAUCGAUCUUGGCUUCUUGAUCGACGUCUCACACGGUAUGCGCCGUGAUGGAGGCUCCACCUUGCCACAGCUAAAGCGCUUCAUCCGCCAGAUUCUCCGGCGAUUUGCACUCGGGAGCCGCCAUACGCGAGUCGGCAUCAUCACCUACAGCACGAAAUCGCGUGCUAUGAUAAGCAUUCAUCGCGGCAUUACCACCAGAACGCUCACCCGUGUCACCUCGCGUAUCCGAUUCCUACGCGGCCCCAGACGUACAGGUAGAGCCUUGAGGUACGCCCGUAAGUACUUAUUCCGUGGAAAGCCUCGUUGCGGCCGUCGUAGAGUUCUUAUCGUUGUGACGAGUGGACGGUCUGGGGACCGAGUGCGGAAGCCCUCAAGCGAGCUACAGGCGGUUGGUGUCGAGAUUGUUGCGGUCAGUAUAGGGGGUGGAGGGCGCCGACAAGUCACAAGGAUUGCUAGUACUAGGAGUCAUGUCUUUGUCGUGGGCAUCAAGCGUCUGGUGAAAAUUGUUGGCAGAAUCCAAGCACGUGUUUGUACCGCAUCGGUUAUUCGCCGUAAAGCACCAGUCGCCAUUUAUCCGCUGAAUGUCCAAAGUCGUGGGCGAGAUGUCAGCGCCGCUCACAACCCGCCCGCGAGACUUUACAAUGUCCGACUUGUGUCCGGUCCUGAUGGUCACCCACAGGGUGCAUACAAGUUCUACGGUCGCCGCAACAGCUUUGUCCUCUACCCGAACAACGGCUGUCUUGACACUCGCUUUUCCAUGACCAUCAUUGCCUGGGUUUAUCCAGAAAGCUGGGGACCCAUAUUUCACUACAACACCAGAGGAUGGGGAGUUCACCUCUGGUUAACACGUACUAAUGAGUUAUUUGUACGGUUUGUACCGCGUACCGGACGCACGGCACAGUUUGUUUCAAGCCGUAACAUACGACCACGCACGUGGAAUUACAUCGCAGCUACAUUUGACCACCGCCGAGGUGUGGCCACUUUGUGGAACAACGCGAUACCAAUUGGUCAGCGGAGGGUUACGGUCUCACGCGCAGGCCUGGCUACUAAUUACCCGGCUGUCACUGGGUACAAGGUCGGAGACAGGAGGAUUUUCAGAGGACGGGUAUCCUGUGUGCAGAUCUUCAACUAUGCCCUUAACGGUGCUCAGAUAAGGAGCCGAAAGAAGGCCUGCUUUUUGCCAGUGCCUACGCGUCCAACAAGAAGACCCACUCGGCCCAUUCCUAAACCGGUUUGCAAGGUUGAAGUAGACGUUGCCUUUCUCAUCGACGGCUCAAGCAGUAUAUUAUCUCGUCGCACGUCUCGUCACUUUGCCAAGAUGGUUCGGUUUGUCAAGACUCUGAUUGGGUUCUUACCCGUGUCUGGAGGUAGAACUCGGGUGGCGGUUGUCUUGUUCUCCGGGAGACCUUACUUUGUGUUUGGUCUCCGACGGUAUAACAACAAGAGACAGAUGCUUCGAGCCUUGAGCAACUUGAGGUUCCCACACGGCAACACAAAGAUCGGACAAGCCUUGAGGUACGUCAAGCAGCGAGUGUUUCCUCGCUCAUCACGCACGCGCAAGCAAGUUCUGGUGGUAUUGACAGAUGGGAUCUCCCGCGAUCCCGUCUCUUCCCCUGCACGCUCCCUUAAAAAGUCUGGCGUCGAAAUCAUAUGUCUCGGCAUUGGAAAAAAGUUUCGCAGAGGUCAGCUCAACCUCAUCGCGACGUCCAGGCGUCACGUUUAUACCGCAAGGUUCGGCAGACUAACCAGCGUGCUGCGGGCUAUUAAAUUAACAAUGUGUGCUCCUCGACCGCGCCCACCUGUACCGACGAAGCGGCCUACUCCGACUAGACGACCAGUUCCCGCCCCAGUCUGCAAGACUCGAUUAGACCUUGGCUUCCUCAUCGACGGGUCGGGUAGCAUCGAGAAGCAAGGGCGUGGGAACUUUGCCAAAAUCAUAGCGUUUGUUAAGACGUUUGUAGGAUUCCUUCCUUUUGGACGUGGCAAAACACGCAUUGGUGUGGUACUUUACUCGUCCCGUGCCAUUCCCGUGUUUAGGUUAAACCGAUUCUCCACCAGAAAGCAAGUGCUCAGGGCGCUCGAUAAAAUUAGGUACCCUAGAGGGGGUACCAAGACAGGUAAAGCGCUAGACUUCACCAGACGUUACCUCUUUCCCCGCAACAAUGCACGCCGUAAACAGGCCCUGGUCGUGAUCACAGACGGUCUUUCUCAGGACAGAGUUCAAACACCUGCUGCGCGCCUUAAGGCCAAUGGGGUCCAAGUUAUCGCUGUUGCUGUUGCUACAUCGUCUCGGUUACGCAAAAAAGUGCAGAGAUCAUUACAUGCAAUUGCUUCCAAGGGGAAGGUCUUCAGUUCUGGAUUCAGCACUCUUGGGGUCAUUCUGAGGUCGAUCAAACGCACCUUAUGCGAACCUGUUCCUGUGACGAUCAAACCUACUGUUCCUACACGCACUCCAGUCCCAAGGCCACCAGCAGCAGCAGUGUACCCGCUAGACAAGCGACGUAGAGGCAAGGACAUCAGUCGUAGCGGCAACCAGCCGGCCAGAUCUGUAGGUGUCCGAUGGGCGCCUGGCCCAGACGGAAGACGACAAGGCUCUACCCAGUUCUUCGGACGGUCUAACAGCUAUGUCGAGAUUCCUUACUCGAGACGGACUGCUCCCCAGACGUCUGUGACCAUCUUAGCGUGGGUCUAUCAUGAAGGCAGACAGGGGCCUAUAGUCCACUACAAUCCCAACGGAUGGGCCGUGCACUUCUGGAUGGUCGGACCUCGCACCCUGUUCGCCCGAUUUUUCAUGAAUAGAAGAGUUGCUUCCAAGUAUAUAACGAGCAAGGCUUUCCGGUAUCGUGCCUGGAACUAUGUGGGUACUACGUAUAAUGGACGUACGGGUAUUGCGAAAUUGUUUGUCAAUUCCAGACAAGUCGCCAGGAAAAACGUCGGCAGGUCUCGCCUGUCUACCAGGUAUCCUAUACGCAUUGGUGCUACAAGACAUGAUCGCCGACACUUCAAGGGACGCGUGUUCUGUGUGCAGAUCUACGGAAAAGUAUUAAACAGAAAACAGAUCAACGACUUGAAGAAGAGGUGUUUUGUACGCAUUCCUCAACCAACUCCACGACCAACACCACCCAAGCCAACCGCACCGCCCAAAGUUUGUCGACAACGGAUGGAUUUGGGAUUCCUUAUCGACAUUUCCUCUCAAGUCAGACGUGCAAACAUUGGGAAUAUUCGUCUCUUUAUCAAGGAAAUGGUUCGUAGGUUUGUCGUGUCUCGACGAGAGACACGUGUAGGAAUCGUCGUUUAUUCGUCCAGACAGCAAAGGGUACUUGCUCUCAGUCAAUCUAUUAGCCGUUCUAGUGUCUACCGCGUGUUGUCACGAAUCAGAAUCAUCCGCGGACAGCGCAGGACAGGCAGAGCUUUGAGGUACACUACAAAAUAUCUGUUCUCAGGAAAGCCACAGUGCGGCCGCAAGAGGGUUCUUGUGGUUCUGACAAGUGGUGGAUCUGUGGACAGUGUUCGCAUACCGGCGAGAGGACUUGCAAACAUCGGAGUGGAAGUAUUUGUAUUGGCAACCAGGAGAGGACGCAACCUAAGGCAGAUUGCCACCUCGAGUCGGCAUGUAAUAUAUGUUUCGUACCGUAAUCUAAUCAGCAAGGUCGUUUACCUGAAGAACAGGGUCUGCACCUCUCCUAGAAUUAUCGUACGACGAGGUGCCGUAGGCCUGUACAUGUUGACCAGUGCUAGUGGAGCUCGUGACGUCAGUCGCAACAGAAACCCUCCCGCAAGGUUCAGCUACGUCAGCUACAUUAAAGGACCCGACAGGCACCCAAAAGGAGCACUAUAUUUCCGUGGGAGAAAGAACAGUUAUGUGCGAAUACCUAACACGGGAUGUCUAGACACGAGGCAGUCGAUAACUAUCACUGUGUGGGUGUAUGCAGAGUCGCCCGGUCCGAUUGUCCAUUACAACCCACGUGGCAAAGGCGUCGGUCUCUGGAUGUCGAGAAGCAAUGAAGUGUCGGCUAUCUUUGUCGACCGUUCCCGAUCACGUGUCUACCGCGUAAAGAGCAGGAACAUUCAACGGCGACGAUGGAUCUACUAUUCCUUGACGUAUGACCGGCGAAGUGCCUUGGCCACGUUGUGGAAGAAUGCCGUGCCCAUCUCACAAAGACGAUUGCCACAGCUACGAGUGGGUCUAGCGACGAACUAUCCAGUUUCCAUAGGUGCAAUUCCUGGAAGUCGUCAAUAUUUCCGCGGCCGUGUGGCUUGCCUACAAAUUUAUCCAAGAGCAUUGACUGCCGCCCAGCUGAAAUCAAAGAUGAUUGCUUGCUUCAGAUCAGUUCCCAUUCCUCCUGUGCCAACUAAACGCCCCACUUGUAAGGUCCGUCUUGAUCUGGGUUUCUUAAUUGACGGUUCUGGUAGCAUCGAAAGGCAGGGUCGAGGUAACUUCGGCCGAGUGAUCAACUUCAUCAAGACCAUCGUCAGUCUUUUGCCAGUAUCACCAAGGCAGACCAGGAUAGGGGCUGUUCUAUUCUCUUCCCGUCCGUACCUGAUGUUCAACUUCCAGAAAUACCGAACAGUGCGGCAGGUCCUUGCUGCCUUACAGCGUAUCAGGUACCCACGCGGAGGAACAAAGACUGGACGAGCAUUGAGGUACACGUACAGCCGACUAUUCCGAUCCAGGUCACGUGUCCACAAACAGGCGCUUAUCGUGCUGACAGACGGCAAAUCCCAAGACUCUGUUGGCCAACCGGCCGCUUUCAUCAAAAAUCAAGGAGUUGAAUUGUUUGCUAUCGGAGUAGGCAGGAACUACCGACGGCGGGAUCUGAAUCAGAUUGCAUCAAGAGGCAACGUUUUCACUGCCAAGUUUGAAAACCUGGGAAGGAUAAUUGGUGCUAUUAAAUCUAAAGUUUGCAGACCACAACCGAUUACACCAAAACCCGUGCCACCUACUGUUCCUACAAGGCCUCCAGUCCCAAGGCCACCAGCAGCAGCAGUGUACCCGCUAGACAAGCGACGUAGAGGCAAGGACAUCAGUCGUAGCGGCAACCAGCCGGCCAGAUCUGUAGGUGUCCGAUGGGCGCCUGGCCCAGACGGAAGACGACAAGGCUCUACCCAGUUCUUCGGACGGUCUAACAGCUAUGUCGAGAUUCCUUACUCGAGACGGACUGCUCCCCAUACGUCUGUGACAAUCUUAGCGUGGGUCUAUCAUGAAGGCAGACAGGGGCCUAUAGUCCACUACAAUCCCAACGGAUGGGCCGUGCACUUGUGGAUGGUCGGACCUCGCACCCUGUUCGCCCGAUUUUUCAUGAAUAGAAGAGUUGCUUCCAAGUAUAUAACGAGCAAGGCUUUCCGGUAUCGUGCCUGGAACUAUGUGGGUACUACGUAUAAUGGACGUACGGGUAUUGCGAAAUUGUUUGUCAAUUCCAGACAAGUCGCCAGGAAAAACGUCGGCAGGUCUCGCCUGUCUACCAGGUAUCCUAUACGCAUUGGUGCUACAAGACAUGAUCGCCGACACUUCAAGGGACGCGUGUUCUGUGUGCAGAUCUACGGAAAAGUAUUAAACAGAAAACAGAUCAACGACUUGAAGAAGAGGUGUUUUGUACGCAUUCCUCAACCAACUCCACGACCAACACCACCCAAGCCAACCGCACCGCCCAAAGUUUGUCGACAACGGAUGGAUUUGGGAUUCCUUAUCGACAUUUCCUCUCAAGUCAGACGUGCAAACAUUGGGAAUAUUCGUCUCUUUAUCAAGGAAAUGGUUCGUAGGUUUGUCGUGUCUCGACGAGAGACACGUGUAGGAAUCGUCGUUUAUUCGUCCAGACAGCAAAGGGUACUUGCUCUCAGUCAAUCUAUUAGCCGUUCUAGUGUCUACCGCGUGUUGUCACGAAUCAGAAUCAUCCGCGGACAGCGCAGGACAGGCAGAGCUUUGAGGUACACUACAAAAUAUCUGUUCUCAGGAAAGCCACAGUGCGGCCGCAAGAGGGUUCUUGUGGUUCUGACAAGUGGUGGAUCUGUGGACAGUGUUCGCAUACCGGCGAGAGGACUUGCAAACAUCGGAGUGGAAGUAUUUGUAUUGGCAACCAGAAGAGGACGCAACCUAAGGCAGAUUGCCACCUCGAGUCGGCAUGUAAUAUAUGUUUCGUACCGUAAUCUAAUCAGCAAGGUCGUUUACCUGAAGAACAGGGUCUGCACCUCUCCUAGAAUUAUCGUACGACGAGGUGCCGUAGGCCUGUACAUGUUGACCAGUGCUAGUGGAGCUCGUGACGUCAGUCGCAACAGAAACCCUCCCGCAAGGUUCAGCUACGUCAGCUACAUUAAAGGACCCGACAGGCACCCAAAAGGAGCACUAUAUUUCCGUGGGAGAAGGAACAGUUAUGUGCGAAUACCUAACACGGGAUGUCUAGACACGAGGCAGUCGAUAACUAUCACUGUGUGGGUGUAUGCAGAGUCGCCCGGUCCGAUUGUCCAUUACAACCCACGUGGCAAAGGCGUCGGUCUCUGGAUGUCGAGAAGCAAUGAAGUGUCGGCUAUCUUUGUCGACCGUUCCCGAUCACGUGUCUACCGCGUAAAGAGCAGGAACAUUCAACGGCGACGAUGGAUCUACUAUUCCUUGACGUAUGACCGGCGAAGUGCCUUGGCCACGUUGUGGAAGAAUGCCGUGCCCAUCUCACAAAGACGAUUGCCACAGCUACGAGUGGGUCUAGCGACGAACUAUCCAGUUUCCAUAGGUGCAAUUCCUGGAAGUCGUCAAUAUUUCCGCGGCCGUGUGGCUUGCCUACAAAUUUAUCCAAGAGCAUUGACUGCCGCCCAGCUGAAAUCAAAGAUGAUUGCUUGCUUCAGAUCAGUUCCCAUUCCUCCUGUGCCAACUAAACGCCCCACUUGUAAGGUCCGUCUUGAUCUGGGUUUCUUAAUUGACGGUUCUGGUAGCAUCGAAAGGCAGGGUCGAGGUAACUUCGGCCGAGUGAUCAACUUCAUCAAGACCAUCGUCAGUCUUUUGCCAGUAUCACCAAGGCAGACCAGGAUAGGGGCUGUUCUAUUCUCUUCCCGUCCGUACCUGAUGUUCAACUUCCAGAAAUACCGAACAGUGCGGCAGGUCCUUGCUGCCUUACAGCGUAUCAGGUACCCACGCGGAGGAACAAAGACUGGACGAGCAUUGAGGUACACGUACAGCCGACUAUUCCGAUCCAGGUCACGUGUCCGCAAACAGGCGCUUAUCGUGCUGACAGACGGCAAAUCCCAAGACUCUGUUGGCCAACCGGCCGCUUUCAUCAAAAAUCAAGGAGUUGAAUCGUUUGCUAUCGGAGUAGGCAGGAACUACCGACGGCGGGAUCUUAAUCAGAUUGCAUCAAGAGGCAACGUUUUCACUGCCAAGUUUGAAAACCUGGGAAGGAUAAUUGGUGCUAUUAAAUCUAAAGUUUGCAGACCACAACCGAUUACACCAAAACCCGUGCCACCUACUGUUCCUACAAGGCCUCCAGUCCCAAGGCCACCAGCAGCAGCAGUGUACCCGCUAGACAAGCGACGUAGAGGCAAGGACAUCAGUCGUAGCGGCAACCAGCCGGCCAGAUCUGUAGGUGUCCGAUGGGCGCCUGGCCCAGACGGAAGACGACAAGGCUCUACCCAGUUCUUCGGACGGUCUAACAGCUAUGUCGAGAUUCCUUACUCGAGACGGACUGCUCCCCAUACGUCUGUGACAAUCUUAGCGUGGGUCUAUCAUGAAGGCAGACAGGGGCCUAUAGUCCACUACAAUCCCAACGGAUGGGCCGUGCACUUGUGGAUGGUCGGACCUCGCACCCUGUUCGCCCGAUUUUUCAUGAAUAGAAGAGUUGCUUCCAAGUAUAUAACGAGCAAGGCUUUCCGGUAUCGUGCCUGGAACUAUGUGGGUACUACGUAUAAUGGACGUACGGGUAUUGCGAAAUUGUUUGUCAAUUCCAGACAAGUCGCCAGGAAAAACGUCGGCAGGUCUCGCCUGUCUACCAGGUAUCCUAUACGCAUUGGUGCUACAAGACAUGAUCGCCGACACUUCAAGGGACGCGUGUUCUGUGUGCAGAUCUACGGAAAAGUAUUAAACAGAAAACAGAUCAACGACUUGAAGAAGAGGUGUUUUGUACGCAUUCCUCAACCAACUCCACGACCAACACCACCCAAGCCAACCGCACCGCCCAAAGUUUGUCGACAACGGAUGGAUUUGGGAUUCCUUAUCGACAUUUCCUCUCAAGUCAGACGUGCAAACAUUGGGAAUAUUCGUCUCUUUAUCAAGGAAAUGGUUCGUAGGUUUGUCGUGUCUCGACGAGAGACACGUGUAGGAAUCGUCGUUUAUUCGUCCAGACAGCAAAGGGUACUUGCUCUCAGUCAAUCUAUUAGCCGUUCUAGUGUCUACCGCGUGUUGUCACGAAUCAGAAUCAUCCGCGGACAGCGCAGGACAGGCAGAGCUUUGAGGUACACUACAAAAUAUCUGUUCUCAGGAAAGCCACAGUGCGGCCGCAAGAGGGUUCUUGUGGUUCUGACAAGUGGUGGAUCUGUGGACAGUGUUCGCAUACCGGCGAGAGGACUUGCAAACAUCGGAGUGGAAGUAUUUGUAUUGGCAACCAGAAGAGGACGCAACCUAAGGCAGAUUGCCACCUCGAGUCGGCAUGUAAUAUAUGUUUCGUACCGUAAUCUAAUCAGCAAGGUCGUUUACCUGAAGAACAGGGUCUGCACCUCUCCUAGAAUUAUCGUACGACGAGGUGCCGUAGGCCUGUACAUGUUGACCAGUGCUAGUGGAGCUCGUGACGUCAGUCGCAACAGAAACCCUCCCGCAAGGUUCAGCUACGUCAGCUACAUUAAAGGACCCGACAGGCACCCAAAAGGAGCACUAUAUUUCCGUGGGAGAAGGAACAGUUAUGUGCGAAUACCUAACACGGGAUGUCUAGACACGAGGCAGUCGAUAACUAUCACUGUGUGGGUGUAUGCAGAGUCGCCCGGUCCGAUUGUCCAUUACAACCCACGUGGCAAAGGCAUCGGUCUCUGGAUGUCGAGAAGCAAUGAAGUGUCGGCUAUCUAUGUCGACCGUUCCCGAUCACGUGUCUACCGCGUAAAGAGCAGGAACAUUCAACGGCGACGAUGGAUCUACUAUUCCUUGACGUAUGACCGGCGAAGUGCCUUGGCCACGUUGUGGAAGAAUGCCGUGCCCAUCUCACAAAGACGAUUGCCACAGCUACGAGUGGGUCUAGCGACGAACUAUCCAGUUUCCAUAGGUGCAAUUCCUGGAAGUCGUCAAUAUUUCCGCGGCCGUGUGGCUUGCCUACAAAUUUAUCCAAGAGCAUUGACUGCCGCCCAGCUGAAAUCAAAGAUGAUUGCUUGCUUCAGAUCAGUUCCCAUUCCUCCUGUGCCAACUAAACGCCCCACUUGUAAGGUCCGUCUUGAUCUGGGUUUCUUAAUUGACGGUUCUGGUAGCAUCGAAAGGCAGGGUCGAGGUAACUUCGGCCGAGUGAUCAACUUCAUCAAGACCAUCGUCAGUCUUUUGCCAGUAUCACCAAGGCAGACCAGGAUAGGGGCUGUUCUAUUCUCUUCCCGUCCUUACCUGAUGUUCAACUUCCAGAAAUACCGAACAGUGCGUCAGGUCCUUGCUGCCUUACAGCGUAUCAGGUACCCACGCGGAGGAACAAAUACUGGACGAGCAUUGAGGUACACGUACAGCCGACUAUUCCGAUCCAGGUCACGUGUCCGCAAACAGGCGCUUAUCGUGCUGACAGACGGCAAAUCCCAAGACUCUGUUGGCCAACCGGCCGCUUUCAUCAAAAAUCAAGGAGUUGAAUUGUUUGCUAUCGGAGUAGGCAGGAACUACCGACGGCGGGAUCUGAAUCAGAUUGCAUCAAGAGGCAACGUUUUCACUGCCAAGUUUGAAAACCUGGGAAGGAUAAUUGGUGCUAUUAAAUCUAAAGUUUGCAGACCACAACCGAUUACACCAAAACCCGUGCCACCUACUGUUCCUACAAGGCCUCCAGUCCCAAGGCCACCAGCAGCAGCAGUGUACCCGCUAGACAAGCGACGUAGAGGCAAGGACAUCAGUCGUAGCGGCAACCAGCCGGCCAGAUCUGUAGGUGUCCGAUGGGCGCCUGGCCCAGACGGAAGACGACAAGGCUCUACCCAGUUCUUCGGACGGUCUAACAGCUAUGUCGAGAUUCCUUACUCGAGACGGACUGCUCCCCAUACGUCUGUGACAAUCUUAGCGUGGGUCUAUCAUGAAGGCAGACAGGGGCCUAUAGUCCACUACAAUCCCAACGGAUGGGCCGUGCACUUGUGGAUGGUCGGACCUCGCACCCUGUUCGCCCGAUUUUUCAUGAAUAGAAGAGUUGCUUCCAAGUAUAUAACGAGCAAGGCUUUCCGGUAUCGUGCCUGGAACUAUGUGGGUACUACGUAUAAUGGACGUACGGGUAUUGCGAAAUUGUUUGUCAAUUCCAGACAAGUCGCCAGGAAAAACGUCGGCAGGUCUCGCCUGUCUACCAGGUAUCCUAUACGCAUUGGUGCUACAAGACAUGAUCGCCGAUACUUCAAGGGACGCGUGUUCUGUGUGCAGAUCUACGGAAAAGUAUUAAACAGAAAACAGAUCAACGACUUGAAGAAGAGGUGUUUCGUACGCAUUCCUCAACCAACUCCACGACCAACACCACCCAAGCCAACCGCACCGCCCAAAGUUUGUCGACAACGGAUGGAUUUGGGAUUCCUUAUCGACAUUUCCUCUCAAGUCAGACGUGCAAACAUUGGGAAUAUUCGUCUCUUUAUCAAGGAAAUGGUUCGUAGGUUUGUCGUGUCUCGACGAGAGACACGUGUAGGAAUCGUCGUUUAUUCGUCCAGACAGCAAAGGGUACUUGCUUUCAGUCAAUCUAUUAGCCGUUCUAGUGUCUACCGCGUGUUGUCACGAAUCAGAAUCAUCCGCGGACAGCGCAGGACAGGCAGAGCUUUGAGGUACACUACAAAAUAUCUGUUCUCAGGAAAGCCACAGUGCGGCCGCAAGAGGGUUCUUGUGGUUCUGACAAGUGGUGGAUCUGUGGACAGUGUUCGCAUACCGGCGAGAGGACUUGCAAACAUCGGAGUGGAAGUAUUUGUAUUGGCAACCAGAAGAGGACGCAACCUAAGGCAGAUUGCCACCUCGAGUCGGCAUGUAAUAUAUGUUUCGUACCGUAAUCUAAUCAGCAAGGUCGUUUACCUGAAGAACAGGGUCUGCACCUCUCCUAGAAUUAUCGUACGACGAGGUGCCGUAGGCCUGUACAUGUUGACCAGUGCUAGUGGAGCUCGUGACGUCAGUCGCAACAGAAACCCUCCCGCAAGGUUCAGCUACGUCAGCUACAUUAAAGGACCCGACAGGCACCCAAAAGGAGCACUAUAUUUCCGUGGGAGAAGGAACAGUUAUGUGCGAAUACCUAACACGGGAUGUCUAGACACGAGGCAGUCGAUAACUAUCACUGUGUGGGUGUAUGCAGAGUCGCCCGGUCCGAUUGUCCAUUACAACCCACGUGGCAAAGGCAUCGGUCUCUGGAUGUCGAGAAGCAAUGAAGUGUCGGCUAUCUAUGUCGACCGUUCCCGAUCACGUGUCUACCGCGUAAAGAGCAGGAACAUUCAACGGCGACGAUGGAUCUACUAUUCCUUGACGUAUGACCGGCGAAGUGCCUUGGCCACGUUGUGGAAGAAUGCCGUGCCCAUUUCACAAAGACGAUUGCCACAGCUACGAGUGGGUCUAGCGACGAACCAUCCAGUUUUCAUAGGUGCAAUUCCUGGAAGUCGUCAAUAUUUCCGCGGCCGUGUGGCUUGCCUACAAAUUUAUCCAAGAGCAUUGACUGCCGCCCAGCUGAAAUCAAAGAUGAUUGCUUGCUUCAGAUCAGUUCCCAUUCCUCCUGUGCCAACUAAACGCCCCACUUGUAAGGUCCGUCUUGAUCUGGGUUUCUUAAUUGACGGUUCUGGUAGUAUCGAAAGGCAGGGUCGAGGUAACUUCGGCCGAGUGAUAAACUUCAUCAAGACCAUCGUCAGUCUUUUGCCAGUAUCACCAAGGCAGACCAGGAUAGGGGCUGUUCUAUUCUCUUCCCGUCCGUACCUGAUGUUCAACUUCCAGAAAUACCGAACAGUGCGGCAAGUCCUUGCUGCCUUACAGCGUAUCAGGUACCCACGCGGAGGAACAAAGACUGGACGAGCAUUGAGGUACACGUACAGCCGACUAUUCCGAUCCAGGUCACGUGUCCGCAAACAGGCGCUUAUCGUGCUGACAGACGGCAAAUCCCAAGACUCUGUUGGCCAACCGGCCGCUUUCAUCAAAAAUCAAGGAGUUGAAUUGUUUGCUAUCGGAGUAGGCAGGAACUACCGACGACGGGAUCUGAAUCAGAUUGCAUCAAGAGGCAACGUUUUCACUGCCAAGUUUGAAAACCUGGGAAGGAUAAUUGGUGCUAUUAAAUCUAAAGUUUGCAGACCACAACCGAUUACACCAAAACCCGUGCCACCUACUGUUCCUACAAGGCCUCCAGUCCCAAGGCCACCAGCAGCAGCAGUGUACCCGCUAGACAAGCGACGUAGAGGCAAGGACAUCAGUCGUAGCGGCAACCAGCCGGCCAGAUCUGUAGGUGUCCGAUGGGCGCCUGGCCCAGACGGAAGACGACAAGGCUCUACCCAGUUCUUCGGACGGUCUAACAGCUAUGUCGAGAUUCCUUACUCGAGACGGACUGCUCCCCAGACGUCUGUGACCAUCUUAGCGUGGGUCUAUCAUGAAGGCAGACAGGGGCCUAUAGUCCACUACAAUCCCAACGGAUGGGCCGUGCACUUGUGGAUGGUCGGACCUCGCACCCUGUUCGCCCGAUUUUUCAUUAAUAGAAGAGUUGCUUCCAAGUAUAUAACGAGCAAGGCUUUCCGGUAUCGUGCCUGGAACUAUGUGGGUACUACGUAUAAUGGACGUACGGGUAUUGCGAAAUUGUUUGUCAAUUCCAGACAAGUCGCCAGGAAAAACGUCGGCAGGUCUCGCCUGUCUACCAGGUAUCCUAUACGCAUUGGUGCUACAAGACAUGAUCGCCGAAACUUCAAGGGACGCGUGUUCUGUGUGCAGAUCUACGGAAAAGUAUUAAACAGAAAACAGAUCAACGACUUGAAGAAGAGGUGUUUCGUACGCAUUCCUCAACCAACUCCACGACCAACACCACCCAAGCCAACCGCACCGCCCAAAGUUUGUCGACAACGGAUGGAUUUGGGAUUCCUUAUCGACAUUUCCUCUCAAGUCAGACGUGCAAACAUUGGGAAUAUUCGUCUCUUUAUCAAGGAAAUGGUUCGUAGGUUUGUCGUGUCUCGACGAGAGACACGUGUAGGAAUCGUCGUUUAUUCGUCCAGACAGCAAAGGGUACUUGCUCUCAGUCAAUCUAUUAGCCGUUCUAGUGUCUACCGCGUGUUGUCACGAAUCAGAAUCAUCCGCGGAAAGCGCAGGACAGGCAGAGCUUUGAGGUACACUACAAAAUAUCUGUUCUCAGGAAAGCCACAGUGCGGCCGCAAGAGGGUUCUUGUGGUUCUGACAAGUGGUGGAUCUGUGGACAGUGUUCGCAUACCGGCGAGAGGACUUGCAAACAUCGGAGUGGAAGUAUUUGUAUUGGCAACCAGAAGAGGACGCAACCUAAGGGAGAUUGCCACCUCGAGUCGGCAUGUAAUAUAUGUUUCGUACCGUAAUCUAAUCAGCAAGGUCGUUUACCUGAAGAACAGGGUCUGCACCUCUCCUAGAAUUAUCGUACGACGAGGUGCCGUAGGCCUGUACAUGUUGACCAGUGCUAGUGGAGCUCGUGACGUCAGUCGCAACAGAAACCCUCCCGCAAGGUUCAGCUACGUCAGCUACAUUAAAGGACCCGACAGGCACCCAAAAGGAGCACUAUAUUUCCGUGGGAGAAGGAACAGUUAUGUGCGAAUACCUAACACGGGAUGUCUAGACACGAGGCAGUCGAUAACUAUCACUGUGUGGGUGUAUGCAGAGUCGCCCGGUCCGAUUGUCCAUUACAACCCACGUGGCAAAGGCGUCGGUCUCUGGAUGUCGAGAAGCAAUGAAGUGUCGGCUAUCUUUGUCGACCGUUCCCGAUCACGUGUCUACCGCGUAAAGAGCAGGAACAUUCAACGGCGACGAUGGAUCUACUAUUCCUUGACGUAUGACCGGCGAACUGCCUUGGCCACGUUGUGGAAGAAUGCCGUGCCCAUUUCACAAAGACGAUUGCCACAGCUACGAGUGGGUCUAGCGACGAACUAUCCAGUUUCCAUAGGUGCAAUUCCUGGAAGUCGUCAAUAUUUCCGCGGCCGUGUGGCUUGCCUACAAAUUUAUCCAAGAGCAUUGACUGCCGCCCAGCUGAAAUCAAAGAUGAUUGCUUGCUUCAGAUCAGUGCCAGUUCCAACAAAGGCUCCAACAAAACCGACAUCAGGACCCCUUCCACCAACAAGUUGCCAAGUCCCUCUUGAUCUGGCCAUCCUUAUUGACGGGUCCGGAAGUAUCGAGCACCACGGUCGCGGUAACUUCGCCCGACUGAUCACAUUUGUGAAGUCCUUGGUUUCAUUCCUUCCCAUUUCACAGCGAAAGACGCGAGUAGCGGUUGCAGUGUUCGCGUCUAGACCUUACACAAUAUUUGGAUUCCACCGAUAUCGUACACUAGGCCAAGUUGUUCGAGCGAUCAAAUACAUCAGAUACCCUUCAGGAGGUACUAAUCUAGGCGCAGCCCUACGACUCGCUAAAGGAUCGUUUUUCCGCCGUCGUAUCAGCGGCAGAAAACAAGUACUUCUUGUGCUCUCUGAUGCGAUCUCACGUGAUAGUGUUAGUGGUCCAUCGAAGGCACUCAGGAGAGCUGGGGUCGAGGUUUUCGCGUUUGGUAUCGGGCCGAAGGUUAGGCGCCGUGAUCUGUAUCAGGUGGCCUCCACUCGUAAGCACGCAUAUUCGGUUGGAUUUAGAACGCUGUACUCGCUUCUGAGGCCUAUUAAACAGAGGAUUUGUAGGCCAGGAAGUGUGGUGCCCACAAUACCACCCGUCACUGUACCUACCAAACGACCAGUCCCCAAGCCAUAUGCCCGUGUAGUGUAUCCUAUAGACAGGCUUCGAGGUGGCCGGGACAUUAGUGGAGGCAGAACUCCACUUCCAAGAGCGCGUUUCAUUGGUGUAAAAUGGGCAUCCGGUCCUGACGGAAGAAGAGACGGUUCUACUGAAUUCUCAGGCAAAUCAAGUAGCUUUGUGGAGAUUCCAUUUUCGCAGAGACUCGAUGCACGUAACUCGAUUACCAUAAUUGCGUGGGUUUACCACACAGGUCAAUCUGGGCCUAUUGUAAACUUUAACCCCCGCGGCUGGGGCGUUCAUCUCUGGAUGGUAGGCCCGCGUACAUUGUUUGUACGAUUUGUCACUCGAAAAGGAAGCUUCCGAGUACCUGUAACAACAAAGAGAUUCAACUACAGAGCAUGGAACUAUGUCGCGGCGACAUAUAGUCACAGAACAGGUUUUGCCAGUCUGUUUGUUAACUCUAGGCGGGUUGCAAGCAAACGCAUCGGCAAGAUCGAUCUUGCUACACACUACAAGAUUCGUCUUGGUGCCCGUAUUGGUGACUCAAGAUACUUCCGGGGUCGCAUUUUCUGCGUUCAGAUCUAUGACAAAGCAUUGAAAGCUAGACAGAUAGCCCAUCUUCGACGAAUCUGCUUUAGGAAAGGUCCACAACCAACAGUGCGUCCUCCGACCAAACGCCCAACUCCACCCCCUAAAAUCUGCAAACAAAGAAUGGAUCUUGGCUUCCUUAUUGACGUCUCGUCCACUGUAAAAAGAAAGAACCUGCAGUACGUCCGACAGUUUAUCCGGGAGAUGUCCCGACGGUUCACAGUCACUAGUAGACUCACACGUAUAGGCGUCGUUGUUUAUUCGUCUGGCCAGCGUAGAUUGCUCUCCGUAGUACGUGGACGAACCCAUCGAAGCGUAAACCGAGUUCUUGGUAAGAUCCGUGCCACCAGGGGCCGCAGGAUUACCGGUCGAGCACUCACCUAUGUGAAGAGGUACCUGUUUAAUGGACGUCCUCACUGCGGCAGGAAGAGAGUCCUUGUCGUGAUCACUAGCGGACGAUCCGUGGACUCAGUGUUGCGACCAGCCAGAGGUCUAACAGGCGUUGGCGUAGAGACGUACGUCGUGGUUACGGGUAGAAACAGCAGACAGAUGAUUCAGAUCGCUAGUACUCGACGCCAUGUGAUCAUUGUGCGGUAUCGCUCCUUGAUGAAGAUCGUCAUGUCUCUCAAGAACAAGAUCUGCAAUUCACCCAGAGUAAUUGUGAGAAGAGGAGCUGUUGCGCUGUACCAACUUACUAGCCAAUAUGGGGCACGCGACAUAAGCAGAAAUAAGAACCCUUCUGCAAAGUUCUACAAUGUUAGAUACAUGCGCGGUCCCGACAAUCAUCCACGAGGUGCCAUCUUCUUAAGAGGGAGACGGAACAGCUACGUGCGAAUCCCCAACAACGGUUGCCUAGACACUCAACAAUCAAUCACAAUUAUUUUCUGGGUAUACCCUGAAGGACGUGGCCCAAUUGUCCAUUAUAACCCGCGUGGUAAAGGCGUUGGUUUGUGGAUGACUCGAUCGAAUGAAAUAACUGCAAGGUUUAUUGGUCGACGAAGAAAGCGUGUUCCCUUGAUCAAAGGAAGGGUGGCCCAUCGUGGAUGGAACUACAUUGCUGCAACGUAUGAUCACAAAACUGGGCGUGCAACUAUCUGGAAGAACUCGGCUCCUAUCGCGCAGCGGUACAUAGGGAAGUUCCGGUAUGGUUUGGCGACUCAGGGUGCCCUCGCGAUAGGUGCUAUCACCAGAAGUCGUCGGUAUUUCCGCGGUCGUGUUGCCUGUCUUCAGGUUUAUAGAAGAGCAUUGAACGCUCGUGAGAUACGAUCCAAGAAGGUUGCAUGCUUUAGACACGUACCUACGCAACGACCAACAAUACCGACCAAACCGCCAACAAAAGUGUGCAGGAACCGAAUCGAUAUUGGCUUUCUUGUCGAUGGGUCCGCCAGCAUUGAGAAACGCGGAAAGGGUAACUUUGGUCGCAUGCUCAACCUGAUCAAAUCUACCCUGAAUGCAUUCAGUCUUCGGCAGCGCCGCACUCGUGUGAGCGUUGUGUUGUACUCUAACCGGCCAUUCAAGGUUUUCGGUUUCAACCGGUACUCUUCAAAGUUGCGCGUCAUCCGUGCCAUAAACUACAUGCGCUACCCUCGCGGAGGAACCAAGCUUCGACGUGCACUCUAUUACGUCAAGCGAUACUUAUUUACCCGACGUCAACGCGGGCGAAAGCAAGUGCUUGUUGUCCUGACUGAUGGUAUUUCUAGGAGAGGAGUGAAAGCCCCAGCAAUAAGUCUCCAUCGUGCGGGAGUUGAGGUCCACUCGAUUGGUAUUGGAAGAACAUUCCGUAGACGUCAGUCACAACAGCUACGGCAGCUCGCGUCUAGCGCAUCACUGGUGUACAAGACUUCGCUGAAAAGCGUACGAUCCCUCGUUAAACGCCUGCAGCGAAGCAUCUGUCUACCGACUCGGCCAACGAAAAAACCAACUAGACCAACAAAGCGUCCAACCAAGCCAAAACGAGAGCCUCGAGCGAUCGCGUUCUACCCAUUAAACGGACGUUCACGAGGACGAGAUAUCGGACCUCGUAAGAACCCCGCAGGGAAGCCGUUCAAGGUGUAUCUUGCUGCUGGCCCAGACGGAUGGCCUCGUGGUUCAUACUUCUUUCCUGGAAAAUCCAGCAGCUUUAUCUACUUCCCAAACAACGGUGGUAUCGAUGCUAGACGCUCCAUUACUAUCGUUGGCUGGGUCUAUCCUGAGAGAAGCGGUCCUAUUUUCCAUUACAAGCCUCGUAAGCAGGGCGUAAGGGUCUGGUACCAAGCUCCGAGUACGCUCUAUGCUACCUUUCAACGUCGGUCCGGGCGUCGAACGAAAUCAGUCCUGACUCGACAACUCAAGAGACGACAGUGGAAUUAUUUUGCUGCGACUUACGAUCACCGCACCGGUUUAGCUACACUGUGGCUUGAUGCCCUGCCCGCUAAACAGCGUAAUAUUGGCCGUUUCCGACUUGCGACCAACCACCCUGCGGUCAUGGGGAAGAAACCCGGAGACCGUAGAUACUUCCGUGGACGUAUUUCCUGUGUUCAUGUUUACGACGUCGCUCUAACUGGCCCAAGAAUCAAAGCUCUCAAGAAAGUCUGCUUACGCGGUGCACCUCCACCGACACCAACUUUACCCAAACUACCCCAUGUUGUCGCCGUCUACCCACUGGACCGUAUCCAUGGUGCUCGUGACGUCACGCGGCACAGCUUUACCGGUCGCCUGGUGAACACACGCUUCCGCCGAGGCCCAGAUGGUCGAAGGGACGGCUCAACAGAAUUCCGUGGAACCUCCAACAGCUACCUCGAGAUCCCGAAUCGUGGGAAGCUGGACACUAGAAGAUCCACUACCAUUCUCGCUUGGGUCUACCACACCGGAAGAUCAGGCCCCAUCUUCAACUACAACAUCCGGGGAUUCGGAGUCCACGUUUGGAUGGUGCGACCUCGUGUCCUCUUCGUCCGAUUUGUUAGACGCGAUUUGAAACAUACCCCACACAUAUCAACAACUACUAAACUUCUCAAGUACCGUGCAUGGAAUUAUGUCGGUGUAAGCUACGACUAUAGGACUGGAAAUGCCAUUAUUUGGAUCAACUCAAGGCCUGUUGCGAGAAAGAGAAUAGGUAGAUUUGAGCUUGCGACGAACUAUCCCGUAAGAGUGGGUGCGCGGCGGGGCGAUGGCCGUUAUUUCCGUGGAAGGCUCUUCUGUCUUCAAGUGUACAGCAAAGCACUUACUGCAUUACAGAUUCGUGCAGCCGAAAGAAGAUGCUUCCGGGAAGAAGAACCAACAAAACCUCCUCGAACCCCACCAAAACCGACUGUUACUCCUGUUGGGCUUUGCAACAGACCUAUCGACCUUGGUCUCCUUGUCGACGGAUCUGGCAGUAUCGUCUUGCAUGGGAAAGACAACUUCGGUCGCCUUAUCGAGUUCGUACAGUCUCUGGUCAGCUUUUUCCGAAUCUCCCGUCGACAUACUCGCGUUGGAAUGAUUCUCUAUAGCACAAGAUCAUACCCAAUAUUCCGCUUAAAUCAAUAUACGAGCAAGCGUGCAAUUAUGGGCAAAAUACGCAAUGUACGCUAUCCGGCAGGAGGGACGAGAACUGGACAAGCUCUUAGGUACGCCAGAAGAUACUUUUUCAGCGGACGAAAGCCAAAAGGUCGCAAAAGGGUACUGAUACUGCUUACAGACGGUAUCUCACAAGAUAGCGUUAAGGGACCUGCGCUUCAGCUGCGCAAUGCCGGAGCUGAAGUUUUUACUAUCGCUGUUGGCAAGCGUUUCAGGAAGAAACAGUUGAAACAGAUUGCAAGCGAUGGAAGUCACGUGUUCACGGUGGCCUUCAGACAAUUGCCUACUCUCAUCCGAAGGAUCAAGAACAUGGCGUGCUCCCCGCAACCCCGACCUACAAAACCAAAGCCUACUCCAAGAACUGUCCCAACAAAAUCACCAACGCCUCCACCCAAAGUAUGUCGACGUCGUAUCGAUCUUGGGUUCCUUAUCGACGUGUCGAGGGCUGUUGGUGGAAAGAACAUCCCCUACAUCCGCCGAUUCAUCCGAGAAAUGACUCGACGAUUUACGGUCUCCAGACGAAUUGUUCGAGUCGGUGUCGUGAUCUACUCGUCCCGUGCCCGACGUAUUCUAUCCCUCACCCGUGCGACCGGACGUAGGAGUGUCUACCGAAUCCUGGGCAGGAUCCGCGCCACUAGGGGUCGCAGGAGCACUGGUCGAGCGCUUAACUAUGUUAAGAAGUACCUGUUCACUGGACGUCCUCAGUGCGGCAGGAAGAGAGUCCUUGUGGUGAUCACUAGAGGACGAUCCGUGGACUCAGUUUUGCGACCAGCAAGAGGACUAACAGGCGUUGGCGUGGAGACGUAUGUAGUGGUUACAGGUAGAACCGCCAGACAGAUGACUCAGAUCGCUAGUACUCGACGCCAUGUGAUCAGUGUGCGGUAUCGGUCCUUGAUUAAGAUUGUCGUGUCUCUCAAGAAUAAGAUAUGCAACUCACCCAGAGUAAUUGUUCAUCGUGGAGCUGUCGGGCUUUAUGAGCUGACCGGCAAGACAGGUGUAAAAGACGUGAGUCGUAACAGAAACCCUCCGGCCAGGUUCUACAACGUCCGGUACAUCACCGGACCGGACAGACAUCCAAAGGGCGCACUGUACCUUCGAGGACGAUCUAACAGCUACGUUCGCAUCCCCAACUCUGGCUGCCUUGAUACGCAGCAGUCAAUCACCAUUCUGGUAUGGGUUUACCCCGAAGGACGUGGCCCCAUUGUCCAUUAUAAUCCGCGUGGACGAGGUGUCGGUCUUUGGAUGACGCGCACCAAUAAAGUGACGGGCUAUCUUGUAGGACGGGCCGGCCGAGUUGCCCCGCCUGUCAAGAGUCGCCGCGUGAAGCCGAGGAGCUGGAACUACAUUGCUCUUACCUACAGUCACAAGAAUGGUGUAGCGAAUCUAUGGAAUAACGCAAGGCGUAUUGGGAGCAAGCGCGUGGGCUAUUUCCGUAAUGGUCUGGCCACGAACUACCCCGUUACUGUUGGUGUUAAGCCAGGAGAUCGUCGGUACUUGCGUGGGCGCGUCGCGUGUCUGCAGGUGUUUGCGCGAGUCCUGAAUGCGCGAGAGAUCCAGCAGCGAAUGAGAGCUUGCUGGAGAUCAGUACCUACCAAGAGUCCAGUAGUACCAACAAAAAGACCCGUAAUACCAACCAAGCCGCCCAAUCGACCUGUUUGUCAGUCUCGUGUAGACCUCGGUUUUCUGUUGGACGGAUCAGGCAGCAUUGAGCACCACUCCCGAGGAAGCUUCCGUAAACUGAUCGAUUUCAUCAAAUCGUUCGUGAGUUUCUUCCCAGUGAGUCGACGUCAAACUCGAGUUGGCGUUGUCCUCUUUUCUACAAAAGCUCAUCUCAUCUUCAACUUCAAGCGGUUUAGUAACAGACGAAGCAUCUAUAGGGCUAUCGACCAAAUUAGAUUCCCUAGAGGAGGUACAAGGGUUGGUAACGCCCUCUCCUUCGCUGGACGCCGUCUGUUCCGUGGACGCGGCUCUAGCAAUCGCAAGCGUGUUCUCGUUCUCGUCACUGACGGGAUCUCACAGGAUCGCGUAUCGCGCGCCGCUGCUGCGUUGCGUAAGCGACGCGUGGAGAUAUUCGUCUUGGGUAUUGGGCCACGUAUCAAGCGGCGCCAGUUAACAUUAGUGGCUUCGGACCGUAAACACGUUUUCACUACGAGGUUUAGAAGUAUCGCAAUGGGAAGACUGAUGGUCCGGAUGAAGGGGCUUGCAUGUAGACCGUACAAUUCUGUACCAACGCCAAGGCCUUACAGGUGCAAUACAAAUAUUGAUCUCGUGUUCGCUAUCGAUGCUUCAAGCAGCGUAGGAAAGGUAAACUUCGAGCGCGUAAAGGGCUUUAUCCGAAGACUUGUUGAGUCUUUCCACAUCUCCAGGACUUCAACCCGUGUAGCGGCCAUCGUCUAUUCCUCCCGCCCUCGCGUUGCGUUCGACUUCAACCGCUACACAUCAGCAAGACGUGCCGCCCACGCCGUCAAGAGAUUGCGCUUUUUGCGCGGUGGAACUUCUACUGGCCGCGCCUUACGCUUGGCGUCAAGCAGGCUGUUCCGUCGCUACGGUCGCAAGCGCCGUAAGGUGCUCAUGCUUAUCACGGAUGGCAAGUCGAGUGAUGAUGUCUUGAAGCCGAGUAAAGCACUGAAAAGAAAAGGAGUACAGAUCUUUGCUGUUGGUGUUGGAAUGUCUGUAAGUCGAAAUGAGCUGAUCUUGAUUGCUUCGCAUCCAAGCCAAGUUUACCAGGCAAGCUUUACUUCUUUGAGCGCCAUUGUGAAGAGCUUGGCAAGGAAGACAUGUGAAACACCUUUACCAACUCUACCUACAAAGAGGCCAACAAAACGACCAACAAAGCCUCGUCCGAGAUUCCCUAACCCUAUCGCAGUGUUUCCUCUCGAUCGCCGCUCUAAUGGUCGCGACAUCAGCCGUGGUAGGAACACUCCAGGAAUGCAACGCAACACCAAGUACGCACCUGGUCCUUUCGGUCGUCCGGACAGGUCAACCUACUUCCGUGGCAGCAGGACUUCCUACAUCCGCUUUCCCAAUAAUGGGAACCUGGACGCGCGUAAGUCCAUUACCAUUAUCGCAUGGGUUAACCCCAUACGCCGCGGACCUAUCUUCGAGUACUUCCGCGGUGUCAAGUUCUGGGCGCGUACCGAGAGAACUAUUUAUGCACGGUUUGAUCAGCGAAAUGGUCUACCCUCGCGGGCCGUAUAUGCAAGACGGUUACGUCCAAAAACCUGGAAUUACGUAGCGGCUACUUAUAAUCACCGUACGCAGAUAGCAACAGUAUGGUAUAACUCCAGACCCGUUGCUUCCCGAAAGAUUGGCCGUAUCCGAUUGGCUACUAGCCGCCCCGCCUACAUGGGUCUGGGAUUCCGCGGAAGGAUUCACUGUGUGCAGGUGUACAAUGAGGCGCUGCAUGGACGACAGAUACACAAGAUGAAGCACCUCUGUAGCAAACCAGGACCUAUUCCUUCACCAACACAACCUCCACGUCUACCCCAAGCUCUUGCUUUCUACCCUCUGAACGUCCGCUACGGUGCCCGAGACAUCAGCCGAAGCAAAAACCCGUCAGGUAGAAUGGCCAACAUACGACCAGCUGUCGGACCGGACAACCGUGCUGGCGGCUCAUUUAGAUUUAAGGGUCGCUCCGACAGCUAUAUUGAAUUCCCUAAUAAUGGAAAGAUUGAUGCUCGCCGCUCGAUCACCCUACUAGCCUGGAUAAACCCAGAAGGACCUGUCGGGCCGAUAUUCAAUUUCAAGACGAGAGGAUUUGGGGUUCACCUAUGGAUGACACGGCCCACCGAGUUAUUCGCCAGGUUCCAGAUGCGUAAAACUCUGCGCUCGACGCGCCCAAUCACCUACAGCAAGAUCCGCAUCGGCGCGUGGAGUUUUGUUGGCACAAGCUACGAUGGCAGGACAGGCGUUGCACGCCUCUUCGUGAACAAUCGCGUGGUCGCAAGGAAGUACAUCGGGAGGUUCAAGCUAGCUACUAACUACCCAGCCCGUAUGGGUGCAAUAAAGGGCGAUAACCGCGUGUUCCGUGGCCGCAUUACGUGUAUGCAAGUUUAUGGUCGGACGCUUUCGUUACGACAGAUACAGAUGGCCAAGAGACUCUGCUUCAAAACACGCCCGUUGCCAACACCACCAAGGCCUACCAAGCGUCCAACACCAACGAGACGACCACCCCCAGCAUGUCGAGCCAAAAUUGAUCUUGGCUUCUUGAUCGAGACUGGUUCCUCUUCGAAUUUCCGACGAGUGAUUGGCUUCAUCAAGAGAAUCGUUCGGUCCUUUGUCGUCUCACGCUCGGAAACACGAGUUGCUCUGGUGCUGUACAGUGAGAGAGUUUACCAAAGAUUCAGCUUUACCAGAUACUUCAGCAAGCGCACGGUUUUGCGAGCGAUAAGUCAACUCCGUUACCGUAGAGGUCGAAUAACCAAAACUGGUCGUGCACUUCUCGCUGCUCGGCGCUUCAUGUUCCGUGGACGGCGCCAGUGCGACCGGAAACGCAUUUUAAUCGUGAUCACUUCCGGUCGAUCGAGUGACAGCGUGCUUCGACCUGCGCAUGCGCUUCGCCGCGCAGGCGUGGAGGUGUUCGCCAUUGGAGUGACUAGGCGUGUCAGUAGGGCCGUAGUGGUACAGAUCGCAAGUGACUUGAAACACGCUUUUAGGAAAAGAGCAAGCAGCCUUGUCAGAAUUGUAGCAAUGAUACGAAACAUGGCUUGCAGAGUGACUGGCAUGUAUGGUGCCUCUGCCCUCUAUCCACUUAAUCUGGUAACACGUGGCCGGGACACCUCACCUAACAGGAACCCCACAGCAAGACUGGUCAAUGUUCGGCCAGGAAUCGGUCCGGACGGCCUACCUAUAGGCUCAUACUUCCUUCCUGGUAUCGCCAACAGCUACAUCUACUACCCUCGAAGCCGUUGCUUAGACACCCGGCGGUCAAUAACUAUAAUCAUGUGGGUUAACCCCCAGAGUAGUGGCCCGAUAUUCCAUUAUGAUCCUAAGGGAUGGCGAGGCGUGCACUUGUGGAUGGCAUCUGCAAACACGUUACUAGCGAAAUUCGUGCCACGAAACGGGCGUCACGUGACUACUGUCCGUGCAUCCGGGAUACGUCGCGGGCAGUGGAACUACAUCGCGGCGACAUACGACUACAACACUGGACUUGCAACUCUCUGGAGAGACUCCACACCUAUGGUCCAGCGCAAGAUCGGCAUCUUCCAAAUAGCCACUAACUUCCCAGCUGUCAUUGGUCAUAUACGCGGCUCUCGGAAUAGUUUCCGCGGACGGAUCGCCUGUCUGCAGAUUUUCAACCGAGCGCUGAAUGGACGCGAGAUAAAACGCCAGUCGCGUGUUUGUUUCAGGGCUCCCCCUACACCGACUCCCGCUCCACCAAGGCCACGAAAGGUUGUCGCCAUCUACCCACUCGAUCGCAAAAAUGGUGGUCGCGAAGUAUCCCGACGUCGUCACCCAACUGGCCGCUUAGUCGGCGUACGUCCAGCGAGAGGACCCGACGGUCGCAGAGACAGCUCAACGCAGUUCUACGGAAAUCGAAACAGUUACGUAGAUAUCCCGAAUCGCAACAAACUAGACCCUGUGACGUCUAUUUCAAUUCUUGCUUGGGUGUACCAUGAGGGUCGGGCUGGGCCCAUAGUCAACUAUCGUCGCGGGCCUGGAUGGGGAGUUCACUUGUGGAUGGUAAAGCCUCGUACUCUGUUCGUGCGUUUUGUUCGCCGCAACGGUGCCUUCACGCCUGGUCUGAUAGCGGUAGGGGGCCGCCUUAAAUACAAGGCCUGGAAUUACGUCGGUGCUACAUAUGAUUACCACACUGGCGUUGCAAAACUCUGGGUAAACUCUAGGCCGGUAGCGGUGAAGAGAUUAGGACGGAUUCGACUCGCUACUAAUCGUCCGAUCAGGAUUGGUGCGAAGAAAGGGGACAGGCGUUACUUCAAGGGAAGAAUCUCCUGUGUUCAGAUCUACAGCAGAGCUCUUGGCAGAAAAGCGAUCGCGAAAGCUAGAACUACUUGCUUUAAACCAAUACCACCUCGACCAGUACCAACGACGAAACGACCGACCAAAAAGCCAACCAAAAAGCCAACGCCUCAAGGACCCGUUCGCGCAUCUGCGUUUUACCCUCUUACCUUCCGUACUAGAGGACGUGACCUCAGUAUGUACGGCAACCCCCCCGGCGUGAUGAGGGGGGUCAGAUCAGCUCCAGGCCCCGACCGCAAACCUGGCGGCUCGUACCAAUUCUACGGUCGCCCUAACAGCUUUAUGCACUUCCCCAACCGCGGAAGACUGGAUACAAGAAACUCUAUGACAAUCCUCGCCUGGGUAUACCAAAUGGGACGGGCGGGACCGAUAUUCAGCUACAAUCCCAAAGGCCGCGGUGUCAAGUUCGCGAUGAGAGGCUCCAGGACAUUGACAGUCGUUUUCACGCGUCGUAGCGGUCGCCGUAAUGUACUAGCGGUCACCACGCGUGCAAUACGGCCUCGCAAAUGGCAGUAUGUUGGCGCAACGUAUGAUCAAAGGACAGGCAUUGCGCGGCUUUAUAUUAAUAGCCGCGUUGUCGCACGCCGCAGGAUUGGCCGGUUCAAACUUGCAACAAGCUCGCCGGUUCGUAUGGGAGCAAGCCAAGACAAUAGGAAGUUCUUCCUGGGCCGGGUAUCCUGUGUUCAGGUCUAUGAUGUAGCCUUGACGCCAAGACAAAUUGCUAGACGCAAGCAGAGGUGCUUCAGAAAGUGCAAAGGACAAUGCCCGGGGCCAUCAGGACCAACCUGCAAGGUUCGCAAAGACUUGUCAUUCGUCGUGGACGCAUGUGGAAGCGACCAGCGGUAUACCAUUGCAAACUUCAUGCGCGUCAAAUAUUUCGUCAAGCGCCUCAUUAGCGAGGUGCGCGUGAGCCCGCGGUACGCACGGGUUAGCGUGGUGGUGUAUGCGCAAACCGCCAAGAUCGCGAUUCCUCUCAACUCUCGCAUGUCAAAGGCACAGAUCAUGCGUACUAUCGACAGCAUGAAACUCAUCUGUGGAUACCGACGCACGGGCAAUGCCAUUAGCUACACCUACCGGCGAGUGCUGCGAAGAUCGUCCGGUCGUGCCCGGGUGGUCAUACUCCUGACCACCGGACAGUCCAAAGAUAAAGUUACGCGAGCUGCAGCCGUACUGCGGCGCCAACGCGUCGAGACAUUCGCUAUCGGAGUUGGACGCCAUUACAGGACCUCAGAACUGUUCCAGAUCGCCACGGAUAGAAGACACGUGUACACUGUGGGAUUUAGGAACAUGGUGUCGCUGGUGUCAACACUCAAGACAAAGCUUUGCAAAGGUGGUGUAGUCAUACCUGUUGGCCCAGUUUUACCAAAUCGACGGCCAACCACACACCCCAAGAGACCUCCACUUCGUGCACUCGCAAUCUUCCCACUCUCGUCACUCACACGUGGCAGAGACAUCAGCCUAAACGCAAACCCUUCAGGAGCUCCCGGACGCGUCCGAUACGCGCGCGGUCCUGACAAGCACCGAGAAACCUCUACCCAAUUCUCAGGCCGUGCUGGUAGUUUCAUUCGUUUCCCAAAUCGCGGCAAACUCUACGCCAAAAGAUCCAUCACUUUACUUGCGUGGGUCUACGUGGAGCGCGGAGGUCCAAUAUUCAGCUACGGUGUGGACUUCUCUGUCAGUGGUACUAGAACCCUAUUGGCGCGCUUCACUCUUCUGAAAGGCCGGCGCAGACUUCCUCGUCUUGCAGCCCGGGGAAUAAGGCUGCGAACCUGGCAGUUUGUGGGAGUCACUUACAACUAUUGGUCCGGCUGGGCUAAACUGUUUAUCAACGGUGAUCAAGUUGCAAAAACACGUUUAGGCCGAGUACUGUUAGCCACUGAUCGCCCGGCAAUGAUGGGACGUAAAGGCAGGCGCUAUUUCCGUGGAAGAAUCUCAUGUAUGCAGGUCUACAAUAUAGCUUUUAACAGGCGCCAGAUUCUAAGCAAGAGGAAGCGAUGCUUUGGACUGCCGGUGAGGCCAGUGAAGCCCAUACGACCAACUGCUCGACCAACUAAACGACCACGAAUAGUAUGCAACGGAAAGAUCGACUUGGGUAUUCUGAUUGACUCGUCCAAUAGCAUUGAGAAGCACGGCCGCGGUAACUUCCGCCGGGUGUUGGAGUUCGUCAAACGCCUCGUGUCCACUUUUCACGUGUCCCCGCGACGAGCGAGGAUCGGGCUCAUUGUCUACUCCUCGCGCAGCUACUUGGUAGGAGGCUUCCGGCGUUACCGCAACCUCCGCUCAGUAUUACAAGCAAUCAAGCGAAUCCGGUACAUUAGAGGCGGAACUUACACUGGGAAAGCCAUGAAGUACGCCCUGAGGAAACUCUUUAGCCGUCGUGCGGGUUACCGUCGAAGGCGCGUGCUUCUUGUGUUGACGGACGGACUCUCGCAAGAUCGUGUUCGCGGCGCCGCUAAAGCGCUAGUGCGACGCAGGGUUAACGUCAUGACGCUUGGAAUUGGUCGACGAUACCGCGUACGACAAAUGAAGCAGAUCGUCUCAAGACCAGGGUAUCUCUUUACUUCUGGAUUCAGGAACUUGGUGUCUGUGAUUAAUGUGAUCGCUAAGAGUGCUUGCCGAGCACCUCUCAGACCCAAGCCGCCUACCCCAGCUCGUCCAAUAGCACGCCCAACGAAACCUCCAGGUGGAUUACCGCCGUAUAGGUGGAUUGCCAAAGUCCGACCCAUCCGUCCGAUUUGCCGCCACAAGAUUGAUCUGGCCUUCCUGAUCGACGGCUCAAGUAGUAUCGUUCGAAGACAUCCUAAAAACUUCCGCCGAAUGUUACGCUUCAUUCAGAUCAUAGUCUCGUCGUUCCGUGUGUCUCGACGUGGCGCGCGUGUCGGCUUUGUUCUAUUCUCGUCGCGACCUUGGCGCAAGUUUGGUUGGUACUCUUCUAAAGCCUCAGCAUUAAAAACCCUCAAGGGAAUGAGGCUACCUAGAGGCGGGACUUACAUAGGGAGAGCACUAAGGUACACAAAUAGACGACUAUUCUUGCGCCAACCUCGCGGCCGCAAGUCGGUUCUGGUUGUCCUCACUGAUGGCAUCUCUUCGGACCGAGUCUCAAAAGCUUCCCGCGAACUUCACCAGAAACACGUGAAAGUUAUUGCUCUUGGAAUUGGCAAGGGAUACAGGCGACGGCAGCUGCUCCAGAUGGCUUCUGCUCGUAACUUGGUGUUUACUGCGAGAUUUCGCACCAUCCAGUCUAUCGCUAGAAUUGUUAAGACUAAGGCGUGUUCUUCUGGACCAGUAAGGCCAAGUGGUGGAUUACCUAAACCACUUUGCAGAGCAAAGGUGGAUCUAGCAUUCCUCAUCGACUCAUCCGGAAGUGUUGAGAUGUACGGCAAAGGAAACUUCGAACGCAUGAAGAACUUCAUCAAGAACACAAUCAUGCAAUUCAAGAUCUCACGUGGAGGAACACAUGUAGGCGCAGUAGCCUUCAACGACAAAGUUCACCCAGCGUUUAGAUUCCGCGAGCAUUACAGCCGCGCCUCUGUGUUCAAGGCCAUCGAUAGGAUCCCCUUCAGAGCUGGUGGAACCCGCACGGGUCUCGCGCUCAGACGUGUUGUCAAGUACCUGUUUUGGAGGCGCACACUACGAAGAAAGGUUCUUAUUGUGAUGACGGACGGUAUUUCUGCUGAUGACAUCGUUGUGCCAUCUCGCCUUCUCCACCGAAAGGGUAUUGAGGUCUAUGCCCUCGGAAUAGGCAAGAAAUACAGCAAGCGACAACUCGGUAAAAUGGCUUCGGAUCGACGGCAUGUGUUCACAUCCAAGUUCGCCUCCUUGCGGACUGCGUCUAUCAAAAUCGCAAGAAGCAUCUGCAGAACUCCGGGUGCCAGACCCGUCCGACCUGGACGCCCAACAAUUUGGCCUGGCAAACCAAAACCAGGAAAACCCAAAGUAUGUAACAAGCGGCUAGAGCUCGCCUUCCUUGUUGACGGAUCUGGAAGCGUGAAUCGCUAUGACAAGCGAAACUUCCGUCGCGAACUCAACUUCGUCAAAGGCGUGGUCUCCGCGUUCCUCAUCUCUCAGCGCCACACUCGCGUCGCAGUGUCCCUCUUCUCGUCACGCCCUUUCAAGAUUAUAGGUUUCUAUCAAUCAAGCAGCAGAAGAGUCGUAUUCAAAAAAAUUGAUGGUAUCAGAUAUCCCCGAGGCGGUACCCGUAUAGGCCGCGCCUUAGACCACGCCCGGGUUCGUCUGUUCCGCUCCAGCAGAAAAGGUGCUGCCAAAAUCCUGGUCAUGAUCACUGAUGGCAUCUCACAGGACCGCGUCACAACCCCGGCCCUGAGGUUAAAGAAGAUGGGAGUGGUGAUCUUUAGUGUUGGUGUUGGAAAACGCUACAGAUUGAAGCAGCUUAUGCAGAUAGCUUCCAGACCGCGUCUGGUGUUUACCGCGCCUUUCCGAGCCUUGGGACCCUUAGUACGAGUACUCAAGCAGAAGGCAUGUAGAGUGACCCCAGGAAGACCACUUGGGCCUGUAAAGCCAAUUAGACCAAGCAAGCCGAAUAGACCUGUUGUACCCGCUGGUAAAGUGUGUCGCGCUAGCCUAGACCUCGUUUUCCUCAUCGACGGCUCUGGUAGUAUCGAGUACUACGGAAAAGGAAACUUCAGACGCUGCCUGAACUUCGUAAAAAACAUGGUUCGCUCAUUCAAAAUCAGCCCAGGAAGAACUCGAGUGGGCGUUGUGCUGUUCUCCAGCCGCGCUUACAAAAUAUUUGGCCUCUCGCGGUACAGGAAUUCCCGAGACGUGUUGAAAGCUAUUGAUAGAAUACGCUACCCACGUGGUGGCACAGACAUCGCGGGCGCCAUCAACUAUGCUUCCAAGACCAUGUUUGCGGGCUCUCGCCGCGAGAAAGUCUUGAUCGUGAUGACCGAUGGAAAAUCACGAAGGAAUCCAAGGUCAGCGGCGUUGCGUCUUAAGCGCCAAGGCGUGCGCUUGUUUGCAGUUGGUAUUGGCAAAAAAUACAACAUGCGUCAAUUGAUCGAUAUCGCGUCUAGUCGUGCUCAUGUCUUCACAACCGCCUUUAGCAGCAUGAUUUCUAUUGUGCGGCCCAUCAAGCAAAUCGCAUGUGGAGGUCGUACACCACAACCAGGAGUUCGUCCAAAGCCGCGACCAAGACCUCGACCUCGGCCACGACCAGGAGCACGCCGUCCAGUCGCUGUCUAUCCACUGAACUCCAAAACACGCGGAAGGGACAUCAGCCUUGCCUGGAACAAACCUGGCCAAAUCCAACGGGGCGUGACUUACGCACGCGGCCCGGAUAGGUCUAGAGGAGGUUCUGUCCGUUUCCUUGGACGCCGCAACAGCUUUAUCACAUUCCCUAAUCGCGGUCGCCUCGACACGCGUCGUAGCAUCACCAUAGCUGCAUGGAUCAAUGUCCGAGCAGGGUCUGGACACAUCCUGUCAUUUGGCCGGGGCGUUGCUUUCACCGUGACACCUACCACUGUGCGGGUAUUGUUUAAGAAACGUAACCUAAUCCGCAGCAGACCUAUAACUGCACGUAUAUCCCGCAAUCGAUGGUACUUCGUUGCGGCAUCGUAUGAUGCCAGGACUGGAUAUGCUGGAAUCUUCGUGAAUUCCAAAUGGUACAAACCCAGGAUAUCGAUUGGUCGGUUUCAAAUCGCAACUCAGUUCGAUGCUCGAAUGGGCGCUAGGAGGCGUGGAAGGAGGUUCUUUAGAGGUCGAAUCUCGUGUCUUCAGGUGUUCAAUCGAGCGUUGAGUGCUCUUGAGAUCAAACGACGAAGCACCAGAUGCUUCACACGAAGGCCUCAAGUUUUACCAAGGCCGCGACCCAUGCCACGUCUGAGACCAAUACCGCGACCGCGUCCAGGAAUAUUACCUCGACCUGGGGGCAAGGUCGUCUGCACAGUCCCUAUCGAUGUGGAGUUCCUUGUCGAUAGUACCGUACAACAAACAGGUCGAGGAAACUUCGGCCGCGUUCGUAACUUUAUCAUCGGUAUGGCAAAAUCCUUCCGAAUCUCGCCUCGCAAUGCCCGGUUCGCCGUCGUCCUCUAUUCUACAAGGGCUCAUCUUCAAUUCGGCUUUGGGCGAAAUCGUAACUUAAGGAACCUUGUGCGAGCCGUUCGACGAAUGCGUCCGAUACAUGGAGGAACAGAUACUCGAAGAGCUUUGAAAUACGCUCGAAGACUCUUCCGCGCUAGAAAUCGCAAGAAGGUUGUUAUUCUGCUGACCGAUGGACGAUCCCAGUUCAAAGUCACUGCGCCUGCGCGCCGACUACGUGCCGCGGGCGUUGAGGUGUUUGCCGUGGGCGUCAGUGGUAGGAAGAGGAUGUAUAGCAUGUCUCAAUUGAUAGAAAUUGCCACUGACCGCCUGCACGUAAUGACUGCUGACUUCAGGAACCUUAACUCGCUCAUCAGGCCUAUUAAACACAGAGCUUGUUCACGUUUGAUUAUGCCAAGACCGAAAAGGCCCUCAGGUACACUUCGUGCUGUGGGUCUGUACCCUCUUAACGCAAUGGUCAAGGGUCGCGAUGUCAGCUUCAGUAAGAACCCACCUGGAGUUCUACACAACGUCCGACCUGCUGGUGGACCAAAAGGCCACGACGGUACCGCCUACCAAUUUACCGGACAAGCCAAUAGUUACAUACGUCUGCCAAACCGAGGCUCACUGGAUACAAGAAAGUCCAUUACUAUACUUGCUCACGUGUUCAAUGAAGGCAAGAAUGGUCCGCUGUUCGACUACAACCCUAGCAGCCGAAAUAAGUGGGGUGUCCACUUCUGGAUCGUGAACAAGCGCCUGUUCGUACGUUACACUGUACGGAAAACUAACGACUUUACGGCCGCUCUUAUGGGCAGAAUCAAGAGUAAUACAUGGGAAUAUGUUGGUACUUCGUAUGACUGGAAUACCGGCUUUGCUUAUCUCUUCCGGAAUGGAACGAUUAUUGCCAAGAAACAUAUUGGUCAAUUUGAGCUGGCGACGAACUACAAUGUGCUUGUUGGAGCUAAAAACACGGACGCGAGAUACUUCAAGGGCCGAGUCUCGUGCAUCCAGGUGUACAAUGUAGCUUUGACUACACAACAGGUUGAUGCCAGGAGAGAAAGGUGUUCCAUUCCAAGCAUCCGUCGUCCCGGCCGGCCAAGACCCCGUGGCUACCGUCGAGUUGGCUGCUUCCGUGACCGACGUAUCCGAGCUGUCGGCAAGAUGGUGGCGCGAUUCAGGCGCCACGAAGCCGUCAACAAAUGUUUCAAGUUUGCGCGUCGCCAUAACUACAGAGCUUUUGCCGUUCAACACGGAGGCCAAUGCUUCACCGGACCGCGAGCUCAUGUUACCUUCAAGAAAUAUGGAAGAUCAAGAAGAUGCCGCGGCGGUGUCGGAGGGUCAUGGGCAAACGAUGUGUAUAUCAUUAGCAUCUCUGUCUUGCCAAGACCUCGACCAAACAUUCGUCCAAGACCAGCUUUACCAGUUUCCCGCGCACAACUUGAUCUCGGUUUCGUCAUCGACGCGUCUAGCGGCGUCCGCGGAAAUGCCAACUUCCAGCGCAUCGUCAACUUUGUCAGGAACAUUGUUAGCUCCUUCGUGAUCUCCUCGCGUGACACGCGUGUUGGUAUCGUGACGUACUCCAACUCGCCCUUGGUGUUACUCAAGUUUACCCAGUACAUGAGUUUGCCCACAGUGACUCGGGCCCUAGGUCGAGUCAGGUACCUGGGCGGCGCUACAUACACGGCCUCCGCUCUGGACACUGCAAGAAACGUUCUCUUUGCCCAAUCGAGACGUCGCCGAGUCCUUGUGGUAAUAACCGCUGGUCGGUCUAGCGAAUCUGUCGCCGUGGCGUCCCGCAGGCUUAAGAAAUCCGGCGUCACCGUCAUUUCCAUCGGGGUUGGGCGGGGCAACAGGUACAAGUUCAUGCAGGUCGUCACCAUGGCAACGAGUAAGAGACACGUGUUCACCGUGAGGUUCAGAAAUCUUGGUUCUUUUGUUAGAAUCGUCAAGUUCAAAAUUCUCGUACCUGCGCAUCGUGUCCCCCCAAUCAAACCAGGAGGCCGAGUGUGCAAAGCAAGACUUGACUUGGGAUUCCUGGUGGACGGAUCCGGAAGCAUCAAAGCCGCGCGCUUCAAAGGCGUCAAGCGUUUUAUCCAGAACGUCAUUAGCAGGUUCCAUAUCUCACCCAAACACACACGCGUGGGUCUCGUCCUCUACUCCAACAACCCUUACAAGAUCUUCGGCUUUAACAAGUACACCAACAAGAACGCAGCCAUGAAGGCUACCGGACGCAUCCCCUACCCCAGACGCGGUACCAAGACGGGUCGGGCGUUGGCCUAUACCGGAAGGUACCUUUUCCGAUCCAGUAAGCGCCGUAGGGUGUUGAUACUGCUGACCGAUGGUCGGUCAUAUGAUCGCGUAUCGGCUCCGGCGCGCAAACUGCGCCAAGCAGGAAUCCAUAUCUAUGCUGUCGGUGUGGGAAGGAACUAUAACAUUAAGCAGCUGCGGUCCAUUGCCUCGUCUCGUCGGGACGUGUUGACAGCGAGAUUCAGAAAUCUUGAUUCUCUGGUUAGGGUUAUCAAGAUGAAGGCUUGUGGCGAUGUCGGACCUGUACCCGUGCCACGCCCAGCCCCAAGACCCCAUCAUGUCUCUUUCACGUACCACUGGGUCGGAUGUUACAAGGACAAACGAUCCCGCGCGCUCUCACGCUACCUCGGGAACUUCGGUCACUUGCCUAACCCGGUACAGAAAUGCGCUAUCCGUGCGCACAGAUUGCGAGUGAAAGUAUUCGCCGUGCAGAACGGAGGACAGUGCUUCGUGCCGAGACGCAGACGAGGAGACUCUCGUGGAUACAACAAGUACGGACCGUCCGAUAAAUGUCGCCGUGGACGAGGAGGGCCAUGGGCGAACGAGGUGUACAAGUUCGGGAGAGGCCGCCCAGUUCUCGUCACGUGGUCUUUCGUCUAUCGCGGAUGCUACAAGAUAGGUCGAGGCUCUUCCGGACGAAAGCUUGUCGAUUUCCGUCGUCUUCGAAACCUUCAAUCUGCCAUCACGCGCUGCGCCAUGCUUGCACAGAAACGCGGUUACUCGGCUUUUGUACUCAGAAACAAAGGAGAAUGCUGGUCGGGACCGCUGGUCCACAAGAACGCCGUCAAGUUCGGUCGGUCACGUGGUUGUACGGGACAUUAUGGUGGACGAAAGGCACAGAGUGUCUUUUAUAUUCGCAAUAUACGCCCCAAACCCCAUUCCCGACCAAGACCGUUCCCGCGACCACGCCCUCGCCCUAGGCCCACGACUUACCACUAUCGCUCGGCCGGUUGCUGGAAAGACAGGAAACGUAAGCGUGCGCUCCCCACCAAGCUAGGCACCUGGACCCGUAACCCAAUCACGGCCUGCUUCCGCGCCGCUCUUAAGCGAGGGUACAAGGUGUUUGCUGUUCAAGCCGGAAAAACGUGUUGGUCAGGACGUAACGCGCAUGCUACUUUCGGACGGUAUGGCCCGUCCGGACGAUGCCGCCGUUGGAAGGGCGGGUACCUGGCUAAUAAUGUGUACAGGAUUUCAACAGGACCCUUACCUAAACCCCGCCCACUACAACGCCUCAGAGGGCAUCCGUACCACAGCUUAGGCUGCUGGGGUGACAAGCGCCGGCGAGCCUUACCCAGGCGUCUCGGGAAAGUCAACGGGCGGCACGCCAUUCGUCAAUGCUUCUUUAAGGCGCUGCGCAAGGGACUCCGGUAUUUCGCAGUCCAGAACCGUAACGAGUGUUGGGCCAGUCCAAGUAGGACGUAUCGCAAGUAUGGAAGGCGUAGAGUCUGUAGGAAUGGAAGAGGUGGACGAUGGGCGAACAGUGUCUACGAAAUUAAAAACGGUAUCCAAUGGAGACGCGCCCUGAAGCGUAUUCGCCUCAUUCAACUCGAACUGAAUCAGCGGUUAUACAGACAACGUAUGCGGCAGCUCCAGAGACGGCUCGAGCGAAAGCGACGACAACGACUUCGACGACAGGAGCGACGAAAACGACAUCUGGAACGACAACGUCAACGCUACUUGGAGAAACUACGGCGUCUAAAACACGAAAAGCACUUGCGGCGCUUGAAGCGUUUGCGGGAACAGUGGGGACGGCGGCAACGACAGCUAGCCCGCGAAAAACGGAUAAGACGUGAAAACAAAAGAAAGGAACGAGAACGACUUCGAAGAGAGCGGGUAAAACUAAUGGAACGGUUAAGAAGAAGAAAGCUGGAGCGCGCGAGAAGAAUUCGGAAGGAGAGAAUGAAGCGCCUUCAGAUGAUGAAGUUGCGGAAGAUUCUACUUGAGAGAAAGCGCCGCGCGGCGAAAAGAGCUAGAAUUCGGCAUGAGAAGCUGAUGCGCAAGUUGCGGUUGCAACAAAAGAUGGAGGAACAACGGCGUCGUCGCAGAGCACAUCAGAUUGCUCAACGCCUGCUGAAGCUAAAGAGAGAAAGACAACGAGCUGGCGCCAAACGUCGAGCCGCAAUUCGAAUUCGCAUGGAACAGCUAAAACGAAAACGGGAAUUAGAACACGCGCGAAAAAUAGAGUUCUUGAGACGUCAGAAGCUUCGGAUAGCGAAUGAGAUUGCCCGGAAGUUGGCGCGCCAAAAGCAACAAAAAGCCCGGAAAAAGCAACGCUUUAUUCAACGCAAGACGAAGAAGACAAAACGGAAAGGCAAAGGACAGGAGUACGAGUGGUACACGUUCCACAACAGCUGGGUCGGAUGCUUUUCGGACAAACCCGAAAGAGCGAUGGGAAAGAUGAUCCAAGAUUUACGCAGUCAUCGGGAUCCCAUCGGAAGGUGCUCGGAGCUUGCCGUCAAACAAGGAUAUCAGGUCUUCGGAGUGCAAGAUGGUGGUCAGUGCUUUUUUGGUCCGAAAGCUCAUAUUACGUACGAUAAGUACGGUACAUCGAAACAGUGCAAGGAUCUGAAGGGCGGCAAAUGGGCCAAUGAUGUGUAUGAGAUCAAAGAUGGCGACGCGCCUCCUCCAAUCCCACACAAGGAAGCUUCCAGUAAUACCGUGGAAUACAUCAUAGAGUAUGUAGGCUGCUUUAAAGACGAUGCCCGCGACCAUGCAGUUGGUCGCAAGGUCGCGACCUUCCGCGGCAAAGACGCGGUCGACAAAUGCUCCGAGGAGGCGAACAAGCGAAAACUCAGUUACUUUGCACUUCAGAAUGGUGGAGACUGUUACACUGGUCCCAGUGCUGCCGCUACUUACAUGAAGUACGGAGCUUCUAAGGGCUGCAAAGGAGAAACCGGAGGUGUAUUGGCCAAUAGCGUGUUCGUAAUCAGAUUAGGAAAAUCCCGUCGCCCCCACCCAUCACCCAAGAAAACACAUGCACCCUUCAUGCGUCGAACAGUUGGUUGCUAUAAAGACCGGCCCAAUUCUCCUGCCAUGGGUAAGAAAAUCGGGGACUUCCGAGGAAGAAAAGAUCCGGUUAAGGAUUGCUUCGAGGCGGCAGCUCAGGGCGGAUUCCACGCCUUUGGAUUGCAGAAUGGAGGAGAGUGUUUUUCUGACGUUGGUGUUGAGAAAACGUUCCAGAGAUACGGCUCGUCGCAUAAAUGCAGUGCUGGACUUGGAGGAUACCUGGCUAACAACGUAUACAUGAUUAUAAAAGGAGUGACUAUCACUGAACAUACCACAACUCACACCACUGAAGAAAUUAUAACCACCACUUCUACAGUUUCCGAGGAGAUUGUUAUCGAGCAUGCCGGUUGCUAUAAAGACGAUGCCCGCGUCCCCGCAGUGGGCACCAAGGUUGCGACCUUCCGCGGUAUAGACGCGGUCGACAAGUGCUCCGAGGAGGCGGCGAAGCGAAAGUUUAGUUAUUUCGCGCUGCAAAACGGCGUAGAUUGCUACACGGGCCGAGACGCUGAGAAGACCUAUAACAUAUACGGUACAUCGGCUGCUUGUAAGGACGGCAGAGGAGGAGUCUUGGCUAAUGAUGUUUAUGUUAACAAGAAAGGAAACUCAAAGCAACCUCAUAAGGCUUCACAUUCUCAAACUACCGCUCAAACAACGCAAACAUCGUCAUCAUCUGAAGCAUCUCAGAACUCGUUCUCCAUUCAAAUGGUCGGCUGCUUCAAAGACAAUAUACCACAUGCAUUGGAUGUUGAACUUGGCGACUUUAAAGGGAAACCGGACUCUGUCAUCCAGGAAUGCUUCGAAGCUGCUGUCAACAAGAAGUAUACAGCAUUCGCCGUGCAGAAUGGUGGAAAGUGCUUCUCAAGUCCUUCCGCUAGAACAUCCUACAAGCGGUACGGAAACAGCAGCGACUGUCGAGAAGAUGUUGGCGGAAAAAUGGCAAACAGUGUGUUCUUCAUCUCACAAGGGAAAAGAAGCGAUGCGCAAGUUGAUGUGCCGGUACCUCCUGACGGACAGGAGCACGUGUCACAAGACAGACCACGACAUCAAACAUACGAUGAACAUGAUGAUCUGCUUGGAGAUAAAAACAGCGGACUAGAGGUAAACAUGACGAUCCCUUUACGUGGCAUCAUAUUGAUGCUAGUCGUUAGUACAGCUCUUGCUGAGCUCAAUAACUACAACGCCUUCGACUCGCCCGAGGAGGCAAUCAAUCAGAGGUCAAAGCGUGAACUCGAUGAGGAAAGUGGACAAGGAAGUGCUGACGAUGUGGGAAGUGCUGAGCCUGCAGUCAACAGCGAUGAUGAUGAGAGCGCCUCUAAGCGCCAAUCAUUGGCGUAUGGUGUGGCAAUGAUGGCUCCUGACUACAACCAGAAGCUUUCAUGUUGCCCAACCGGCAGCUUAUGUCCAGGCCUACCUCCAUGCUCGUCCUACCAGGGCUACCAAACCUACCAAGCCCAGGCCGGCACUCCUGUGGUCAGCUAUGCUGCCCAACAAGGUCAUGCGCAGCAUCCAGCCGUUGAGGAGAAGCCUUCACUGGAUACAAAGCCUGCAGAAGACAAGCCUAAGAUUGAGGCUGCCAAGCAGGAAGCAACGGCUGAUAAUAAGGCUGAGCCAAAGAAAGAGCAAGCUUCAGGGAUUAAAGAUGCACCUGAGGCCACGCCUAAGAAGGGAGCUGAUAAGGCCACGCCUAAGGAGGUUGAGGCAUCCGGAGAUGAAGUUGCAUCCGAGGCAGAGGCUAAGCCCGUUGAGGCAGCCAAAACUGAGUCUAACCCUGCGAAGGAAGACAAGCCUGCCGAGAAAGCCAAGGAGGACAAGGCUGGACCAGCUAAGGAGGAUAAGCCUUCGAAAACGAGUCCGAAGGUUGGCAAACCCCAUCCCAAAGGUGAAAUCCUGGGCGGCGAGAGCAGCGACCCGCUAGAUAUUGCCGGGGAUACCGUUGACACCGAUGCGCCCGCGGAGGAAGAAACCACCGAUGAAGAAGGUAGUGGCCAGGACUACUGGGGACCAGAAGAAGACAGCGCCUAUGACUACCCCCCUAGGUCUAGCUGUGUCCCAUGCCCUCCCGGACCAGAGCUACCGAUUUCUAACACAGCUGUUCCAGCAAAGACCGCUGCCAGUGCCAAUGUUGAUCUUGUCAUCUUGAUCGACGGCUCAAGGAGUGUUGAGCGCUCAGGCGUUGGCAACUUCCGACGAGCUAUCGACUUUGCUCGUGACCUGACGUCAUCGUUCGUCGUUUCUCCGAGGCACACACGCGUUGGUUUGAUGGUUUACGGCAAACGAGCUUAUAAAGUAUUUGGCUUCAAUGAUUAUCGUGACAACAAUCGCCUUUUCACCGGCUUCAACAAACCAAUUAGAUACCCGAGGGAGCGCGCACAAACCGCUACCGCUUUGCGAUCUGCUUACCGCACCUUCUUUGGCAGAAAUAAAAGAUCGGCACAGAAAGUCCUUGUUCUGGUAACUGAUGGUAAGAUAAGGGACGCAAAAGCGAAACGUCAAUCACAAUCCAUCAAACGCCGCGGUGUCAAGAUCUAUGUGGUGGGCGCCGGCAAGUACUUCAACAUCAAACAGCUUGAAGCAAUGGCUUCGCGCAGGCCCAAAGACCACGUGUUUACAUCAGGCUGGAGGCAUCUCGGCCAUAUCGUCAGUGACGUCAAGAAGCACAUUGCUCUUGGUGCUGGCGGCCGUUUGGUUCGCGCUACAUUCCGCGCAUGCGGAGGCUGCGGACGAGGAGGUCGGCGACCUGGCGGACGUUACCCUGGAGGAUAUAGACCAAGACCCGGAUAUAGACCUUGGCCAAGACCCGGAUAUAGACCUUGGCCAAGACCCGGAAGAACGCCUGGACGCAGACCAGGAUAUAGGCCCGGAUAUAUACCACCAUUUGUACCUGGCAUAAUACAUCCCGGUCGCAGACCCGGGUGGAGACCUGGAGGAAUACCCGGAAGAACGCCUGGACGCAGACCUGGAGGAAGGCCCGGAAAUAUACCACCAUUUGUACCUGGCCUAAUUAUUCCCAGUCGCAGACCCGGAAAAAGGCCUGGACCCAGACCCGGAAUAAGGCCAGGGCGUGGAGGACGUAUCCCUAAGCCCGCAGUGGUCUACCCACUUAAUGGCAUCACUGGUGCCCGUGACGUCACUCGUAGACCCAACAACGGACGCCCGGGCGUUCUCAGACCGGACAGAGGACCGGACCGCAAGCCGUCCGGUGCCAAGCGCUUCUUGGGUAACCCCAAGAGUUACAUCAUUUUCCCGCGCACUCCCAAGCUGCGAAACGUGAAGUCGAUCACGAUCAGCGCUUGGGUCAAGCCCCUUAGCAAUGGACCUAUCUUCCACUUCAACCCACCAGGGUGGGGAGUGCAUGUCUGGAUUGUGAAUAAUAACCAACUCUUCGCUCGGUUUGUGUCCAAAAAGACUCGCAAACGCGUCAAGUAUGUAAUAAGUCCUCGUUCUCUACGAAAAAAUCGCUGGAGCUUUAUCGCGGCUGCUUAUAAUAAUCGCCGGGGUGUCGCCACUCUUUCCGUGAAUGGUUUCCCCGUCAUCUCUUCCUUCAUCGGUCCCCUCAAAGGACUCGCCACUAACUACCCGUCGGUGAUCGGUAGUAAGCCCAAUGACAAGCGUCGCUUCCGCGGCAGCAUCUCUUGCGUGCAGAUCUUUAAAUCUGCACUGAACAGUGAUCAGCUUAGGAACCGUCGUGUCAUCAGGUCAAAGAAAUGCUUCCGUGGAAAGUGGCCAUUACCAGUACCUCGUCCCAAACAAGUACCGACUAGUUUGGUUGCAUUCUACCCACUCGAUAUAUUCCGUGGUGGUCGCGACCUCAGCUACAACCGUGCACCAACGGUAAUACUACGCGGUGUCCGACCCGGCCAAGGCCCAGGCGGCAUAAAAGAUACAUCAUUUGUGUUCUACGGCCGUGGAAACAGCUACGGUUACAUCCCGACUUCCCGCCGACUAGACAUUUCUGGUUCCAUUACGAUUGUUGCUUACAUCAACCACAACCCCGGACGAAGCCCCCGAACGCGUUCGGGACCUAUCGUUGACUUCCGAAGAAAUCGUCGUGAUUCAUCGGCUGUUCGUGUCUGGAUGUUAAGGCCUGGUGUUCUCUAUGCUCGUUUUGGUAAUGGAAAGCGCUUCAUCGUUAGAAGAGCUGUUCCUAAAAAGGCCUGGACCUUUAUUGGUGCCGUCUACAAAAAGAGGACGGGUAGAGCAACUCUUUAUGUCAAUGGGUACCGCGUAGCUUCCAGAAAGAUCGGACGUUUCAACAUUGCUCGUAACCGACCGGUUUCCAUCGGUAGCACUCGGGCUGAUCCUCGGCGCCGAAGUUUCCGCGGAAAGAUCUCGUGUUUACAGAUUUAUCGUGGAGCGCUGAGCAGCUACCAGAUCCGCAACGCAAUGAAGCAAUGUCAUAUGCGACGACCUAAACUUCCAGGAAAAUCUGUUUACCGUCGCCCUACUCCGGUGAUCCAGUAUCCACUCGACUCACGCUAUCACUUACACGAGUACCGCAAUCGAGGCCCUAUUGCCUUCCUCUCUUUUGUCCGACCUGCGCCCGGCCCGGACAGGAGACCACAUGGUUCAUAUGAGUUACGUGGAGAGCCUAACAGCUACAUCAAGAUCCCACGAUCUCGAGGAUUGGACGUUCGUGGCACCAUGACCGUUGGUAUCUGGGUGUACCCCAAGGCCCCGGGCCCCAUUCUCAAGUACAACCCAACUGGCAGUGGUUUCAGCAUCUGGUUUACCGGUGGAAACACCAUUAUGGCAAGAUUUUUCAAACGUGGCCGACGACCUUUUAAAUCGUACGACCUCACUGGUAGUAUCCAGCGAUGGAAGUGGAACUUCAUUAGUGCUACUUAUGACCGAAAAACAAGAUAUGCUGUUCUGUAUGUGAAUGGAAGACCCGUUUCCAAGAAACGCAUUCCUCGAAUUACCCUCGCUACUAACUACCCAAUCAUCUUUGGUGUCAAGCCGGGAGAUAGCAGGAGGUAUCGCGGGCGCGUCUCAUGCUUCACGCUGUACAAGCAACCGUUGACCAGACAGCAGAUUCGCAAGGAAAUGCGCCGCUGUUUCCGCAAAGGGCCUUUCGUACCCUCCAGACCUAAGCCACGAGGGCCCAAGCGCGUAGUAGCAGUUUAUCCACUAGACAUUUUCAGUAGAAGACGGGAUACCGCUAGAAUGAAUUCUCCAGCGCGAUUCUCGCGUGUUCGAUACGCCCCCGGUCCGGACGGCCGCCCGGGUGGCUCCGUUUUCUUCCGUGGAAGCCGCAACUCAUACAUCACUUUCCCUAACCAUGGGCAGCUUGACACCGACAGCGCUAUUACUAUGACCGCAUGGAUCUACCCCGGUGGCAGGUCGGGCCCCAUUGCUAACUUCCACCCUAACGCGUGGAAGGUCCACUGGUGGCUGACACGUGGAAGAAGACCGGGCAAGGACAACACCCUGUUUGUCCGGUUCCAGGAUCGUAGUUCCCGCACGAGGCGUCUCGUGCCGGCAGUGACAUCCCCACGGGGAAUGAUCAAGCGGAACAAGUGGUACUACGUCGCGACCACGUAUGACAAGAAGACUGGCGUCGCCCAACUUUUUGUUAAUAACAGACGCGUCGGUCGAAAGUACAUUGGUCGAUUCCGACUGGCUACCAAUUAUCCCAUUCGCAUGGGAGCGCGCAUUAGUGACCGCAGGUAUUACCGCGGUAGGAUCUCAUGUUUCCAGGUGUUCAACUAUGCGCUCUCGCCUGCACAAAUCAAGGCUCGUAGACGGGCUUGCUUCAGAAAGGGUCCAAUCAGGCCUCUCCCGCUACCAAUACCGAGACCAAUACCAAGGCCGCCGAGUCCUCCAUUACCGACGCCAAGUGGCCCAUAUCCAAGAGCAUUCUUCCCCCUCUCCAAGUACACCAAAGGCCGCGACAUCAUGCGAAAGAACAAGCCUGCCAAGUAUGGUCGCGGAGUUCGUUUUGCCCCCGGUCCUUUCCGUGGCACCACUUCCACCCGUUUCCUUGGCAGGCCAGAUAGUUACCUGACCUUUCCCAAUACCAACCUGGAUACCAAGAACUCCCUCACUAUACUAGCGUACGUGUACCCGGAGGGCAAGCCAGGACCCAUCUUCAAUUACAAUACCGGCGCGUGGGGCGCACACUUCUGGGCUGUCGGUCGAAAUGGAAGAAGCCUCUUUGCAAGGAUCACCAAGAGAGCAGGCCGCAAAUUCACACGUCAUGUAGCCAAGAAGGUCUUAGUCCCUAGGAGGUGGCAGCUGGUCGCGGUGACCUACAGUUACACCAAGGGAAGGGUCAGCCUUUACAGAAACGGAAAGAGGGUCAGUACUCAAAAGAUCGGCCAAUUCCGCAUUGCCACAAAUUACCCGGCACGCAUGGGAGUGAAAUUACGCGACAGACGGUACUUCAAGGGGAGAGUCGCCUGUCUGCAGAUCUUUAGCUCACCGCUGACUGUAUCGCAGAUGGCCAGGGCAGCAAAAAAAUGCCGUAAAGCUGGCCUUACACCCUUGGGCCCAGUUCAUCCUCUGCCACCAACACGACCAGAAUCAAACAAUCCCGUUGCAGUCUACCCACUCAACCGUCUUUUCAAGUUCCGCCCUCUUCCAACCCCAAGUAACCGUAGACCCCCCUUUAACCUGCACGGUCGGGGCAGGGGCGUCUCCCUUGACUACGGGCCGGACGGAAAGUGGUCUGCGUACAAGUUCUACGGACGACCAAACAGCUACAUCGAAAUACCCAACCUUGGCGCCUUAGACACCGUCAACUCAAUCUCCAUCCUUACGUGGAUCCGACCGGAGAACCGAGAUGGUCCCAUCGUGAAUUAUCAUCCGCGCGCUUGGGGGGUACACUUCUGGGUCGUGGGCCGAGGAAAGCUGCUUUUCGCGCGCCUGUCCGAACGAGGCUCCAGGAGGAUGUACCGGCCACUAGUGGCGAGACUCAAGCCGUACAAGUGGCAGUAUGUGGGAUUCACUUUUGACCGCAGAACGAGACGAGCCAGGCUAUAUAUCAACAACCGUGUAAGGAAGACAAGGCGAUUCAAGCGGCCCUUCAAUUUGGCUACUAACUACCCUGUGCGCGUGGGAGCCAAGAUCGGCGACCGUAGGCGAUUUAAGGGCAAGAUCUCCUGUCUGCAAUUCUACAACAAGGCCUUGUCGGCACGACAGGUCAGAAACAAGAGGCGCACGUGUUUCUCUAAACGAGGACCUCUGCCAAGGCGUCGCCCUGUUAAACCCGCUGGGAAAGUGUGCCGCAAGUCGCUCGACCUCGCGUUCCUGGUAGACAGCUCUGGUAGCAUCCGCCAUGCCGGCCGACAGAACUACCCCAGAAUGAAGCGCUUUAUCCAGCGUAUCAUCGGGGCCUUCAAUCCCCGCAAGGCUCGCAUCUCCGUCACCAUCUUCUCCAACCGACCCAGGACCAUCUUCAGUGGAGGAAGAUACAGGAGCAUUGCGCAGAUGAACAGAGCUGUCCUUCUGAUGCCUUAUUUUGGCCAAGGUACAUAUACCGGAAAAGCGCUGCGCUACGUCGCAAACAAAGAAUUCCGACGCUCUAGUCGUCGCAUCAGGACAAUUCUACUCCUAACGGACGGCAAACCCACGGAUGGACGGAGUGUCGUGUCUGCUGUGCGCAUGCUCAAGCAAAAACGGGUGACAAUCAUCUCUGUGGGAGUCGGAAACCGUGUAAAUACCCGCGUGCUUCGUACGAUGGCUUCCAACAGACGUCUCGUGUUCAGAUCCGGAUUCAGCAGCCUGUCACGUAUUGCAUCACUGGUCAAGAGAAAGAUCUGCACACGCCCUGGAAAGAAACCAAAGAAACCUAAGGUGUGUCGUCGAAACGUGGAUGUCAGCUUCGUGGUUGAUUCCUCAAGUCGCACCACCUCGUCUGCUUUUAAUCGCAUUACGACGUUCAUCACUCGCAUCUCCUCCGUUCUGUCACGUCCAUCACGCAUGAGUGUCGUUUCCAUCCAAGGCAGGCGCCCCGUCACGAUCUGUAGACUCAGACGUAAUGGUCACCGAUUGCGUCGUAUUGUAAGAUCUCGACUUCGCCUCCGCUAUGCCAAGGUUGUCCGAGCAGCACCCGCCCUAUAUAGAGUUAGAAAGCUUUUCAAUAAAAGCAGCCGUAAAACUAAAGUUGUGGUAUUCCUUGGAACGCGAAAGUACCGUGAGAGUUUUGCACGACCCGCACUUCUCCUGAAGAGGAGAGGAAUUAACAUGAUCACGAUUGGCGUCAACAAUUAUAACUCCCGCCAGCUCCGCAUGCUUGCUACGUCCAAGAAAAAUUUCAUCGGAACAAGUAGUAGGACUUUGAAAAGACUGGUGCGACUUGUGAAGAGAAAGAUUUGCAGAGCACCCGCCAAGAUGCCCACCAAACGUCCUGGCAAGCGACCUCAACGUCCCGGGAAAAACACUGGUGGUCGCAAACCUUCCAGAGUUUAUCUAAUACGUAAACAGCGGAUCAUGAUCAUCAGGCGAGAACUCAGGAUCCUGAUCAAGCGUCUUCGCGACCGCAGACGCCGACAGAAUGAACGUCUGCGUAAACGCCUUGACAGACAACGAAAGCGAUACAAACGCGAAAUGCGCAUUCGUUAUCUGCGCUACAUUCGCCGCAUCCGCAUUCUCAGUCGACAGAAGCGCGUCCGCCAGGUUAACAUACUCCGCAUCAGGUACAAACGCAUGGUGCUACGCAACAAACGCCGACAACGCAUCAGGCGUUUACGGGAGAAGAAACGUAGACAGCGCCGUGAACGCGCCUGGCGCCGCAGAAUUAACAACUUGAGAAAGCAUUAUCGCCAGAGAAUUCGCCGAAUAAAGCACAUGAAUUACCGCCAGAUUACUCGAUACAUCCGCAACGAGCGCGUCCAAAGCAUUGUACGUGAACGCUUGCGUAUAUUACGACUGCGAAGAGAACGACAGCUGAGACGCAUACGAAGAAUCCGUAUGCGCCGAUUGCGCGAGAAGCGCCGCCGAGAGCGCCUGAGACGCCUGCGAAAGAUUAGGGAAGAAAGAAGACAAAGAGAACGUAUGAAAAAGCUGCGCAGGAAGAGAUUUUUAGCACGUCUGAGAAGACUAAAGCGUCUCCAUAGACUGCAACAGCUCAAGAUGUUGAAGAUUCAGCGACAGAAAAUGAUUAGAGCGCAAAGACGCCGUCAACAACAAAGGCGUAUUCAAAGAGCUAGAGAGCGUAAACGUUUUGAGCGACGCUGGAGGCAAAUCAUCCACAAGCAGCGUAAUAUCUUCCGUAAAAACAUCAUCCGUAUUCAGCGAACCAAACGAUUGAUCUACCUCCGUAACCUACGCCUCAGGCGUCAAAUUGCUGCAAUGCGCAAGAAACAGAGAGAUAUUUUACGCAAACAAAAGGCAAAGCGUAGAAGGCGUAUAAAGCAGUGCCUGAAAAGACUUCGCCCAAUCAACGCAAGAAUAAAAGCCCUGCGAAAAUCCAGCAGCGCGCAAGCCCUUGUAAUUCGUCGUGUCAAGUCGCAAGCAAGUCGUAUUCGACGCAUCAGAAACCGAGGUCGUCGUGCGCGUCGUUUGUCCUCUAUUCGUCGUGCUCUAUCUAGACGUGUACGAGCGCGAAGACGCAUUGUUGCCUCCAUCAGAAGUCUACGCCGGCGACGAACACAAAUCAAGAAGCAAUGCAGGCGGGCAGGAGACCGCAACUACGCACGGGAACAGCGAAUUCGCAGAGAAAUGCGAAGACGCGCUCGCCUAAGGCGCUUGCGGUUUAUGAGAAACCUUCGCCGCAUCCAACGUCGCAUGCGACAACUUGCGGCCAGAAACCGUCGUUUGAAAAAAUCCUUGAAACGCAGUGAGAAGCACAAACAGGGAUUGUCUCGCGCAGCCCGCCUCCGCUUGAUCAGGGAACGUAAGGCAUUCCUACGCAGACUUCGACAACAACGACUCGCCUGGCUUAAGCGUCAACGUCAGUUGAUCAACCGUCAGAAGCGCUUGGUAAAACUGCGUGAGGCGCGUGAACGCGCACGAGUUGCACGACGAAAACGUCAGUUGGCUAACCUCAGACGCCAAAUCACGAGAUUGACGCGCUUAUUGGCACAAAACAAGCAAUCAAUGAAGACGUACAUUCGGCGCAUUUCAAUCUACCGCAGGAAUUUGACGCGUAUCAUCAAGAUCAAGAGCCAGCAGCCGCGCGUUAAGGUGAUCAGGCGUACCAUGCGCAAACUGCGCAUCACGGUAAGGAAGUACAGGAUCACCGUCAACCGCUUAACGAGACAACUCCGCAAUUUGCGCAACCGCGUGAGACGAACCGUUAGAAUCAUCAUGUGGAAACAACGCAGCCGCGCAAAACGUGAUUUGCGACGCUUGGCCCGAAAGCUGAAGAACCUGAGGCGCAGUGUUAGGAUCUACCGCCGUCGCUACAUCCGCCUCAUCAAGCGUUUGAAGAAUAAGCUGAGGAGGUUGGGUCGAUCCAGGCCACGCAGACGCGUAGUCAUUAUCAAAAAAAUCAACGUCUACAAGCAUUACAUUAAGAGGUAUGUUAAUACAAGUAAAACGCAAGAAAAACGUCUGACGCGACUCCUGAUAAAUGCGCGCAACCGCCUCCGUCGGGUGAUCCGUCAGCAAAAGGCACGAGACCGUGCAAGACGACUACGCGAACGAAGGCGCCGAUUGGCGCGUGAGCGUGAAAGACGCUUGCGCGAGAAGCGCCUUCGUGAACAGCGUAAACGACGCAACCAGUCGUAUCAUCGCGUUGUUCGUAACCUCAACUACCAGCUUAUCAGACAGAGGCGAAACCUGCGAAACCUGAUGAAAAGGCAGCGAAACAAGAACAGCCGCAUCUUUAAGAAGCGUGUCCGUGUGUUGAAGAUCUACAUCAAGCGCAUGCGUACCAGCAUCACCCGAAUGAGGAAUAUCCACAGACGACAGCUCACCAGAAUCAGGAAACGAUUUGCCAGGGAACGUAGAAAGCGCCAGAAGGCCCGUGCGCGUGCCCGCCGAAUCAGACAGAGACGCCAAGCCCGUGAAAGGCGCAUCUACAACGAUCUCAAGCGAAAACGGCUGCGACAUAUUCGCCUACUGCGUCAAAAACUUAGGAAGGCUGCGCUUAGAUUCCAGCGGUACAAGGUGAAGCGCGGUAAAUGCAAAGACCGAAAGCUCCUGAGAAAGAUCAGGCUCCUCAAGCAGCAGGGACGACAACGUGCUCUCGCACACGCCAGAAGACUUCUGAGGAUUCAAAGACUGAGGAAACUUCGACAGCAACGAGUAAGACGACAACAGAUGAAACUCCUAAGACUUAUUAAGCUUCAGAAACGCAAUUAUCGCUUGUACAAGAAACGAAUGCAGUUGAAGCGACGUGCCGAGAGGCUGAGGCGCCUGCGGCAAAGACAAGCGGCGGCCCGUAAACGACGAGCAAGAGCAAGAGCUAGGGCAAGACGUGAGCGACUAAUGAUCUUGAAAAUGAAGAAGAUUCACAGCCGUCACAUGACAAUCCUAAGGAAUAAAAUGCUGCGACGACGUCGACUCGUCCUGCUUCGUCUCAGACAAGCGAUGAGAAGAAGAACAAAAGCACAGAGAAACGCGGCACAGAAAAGAUACCGUCAGACUCUCAAGCGCUUGAGACUCCUGCGAAAGAGAAUGGACCGUGAAAGGCGACGAUACAUCUUGAAGCAACAACGUUUGGACGCGAUACGUAAGCGACGACGACAACGCGAGAGACUCUUGCGCCGCCGAAGAGACCGACAGAGGCGUCUGCGACAAAGGAGAAGGAUGCGGCGUUUGAGGAAGAUUAUUGAUAACCUUCGCAAACGUGAGAUCCGCAGGAAGGUCAUCCUCCGACGCAGAAUCAACAGAUUGAAUAAACGCAUGAGGAUCUACAUCAACCGCAUGAGGCGCAAGCACGGCAAGGCUCGUCGCCAAUACAACAUAAGGGUGAGAAUACUUCGCCGCCAAAUUACUAUCCUUCGAAAGAAUAAGACCGCUAAACGCUUGAGGCAACGUCUAGAUAAAGUGAUGAAUCACGUGCGCCGCCUGAAAAACCGCCUUGCGCGUCAGAGACGAGAGCGUCUUCGCCGGAAGCGAUUGAACCGCAAGCGACGCCAGGCGCUGAUCCGCAAGCACCUUGCGCGUCUCAGGGACCUACGAAGCAGACAAAAGCGCGCACUUCGCAUACGACUCGCCAAGCUGCGACGGCAGCGUAUCUUAAUGCGCCGCAAAAUGCGUCAGGAAAUCGCCAAGGCUCGCGCCAAUGCUAACCGCCGACUUAUCAUCCGCCUACGGAUUUACCGCCAGAAGAUGAGACGUAUUGCCAAGCGACGCCGUGCUCGCUUGUUGCGCCUUCAGCGCCUCAGAAGAUUGCGAAUCAAACGUGCAAGAACCGCUGCUAAGGAGAGGCUGAACCGCUUGAAGCUAAGACGUUUGAAGGCGAAAUGCAGACGAAGUGCUCGUGUUUUACGUCGUUUGAAGAUUCGUGCACAACGGCCAUGUAAGCUUAUCCGCGCAGUACAGCGCCGCAUCAACCACCUUCGCAAGCUUCGCCUUAGUUUGACGCGAAUGAUCACAAGCAAACGUGUAGUUCUUGUAAGCGCGAGAAGGCCAGAUAGGGUGAUUCGUUCAGGAAGGGUCCGAGGAAAGAAACGUGGACACAUUAACCGCCCACAGAAAAAGAACGUCCCAGCUCUGUUUUCCGGCGCGGAUUACUACUGGUCGUUUGACAAGGCUGACAACUCUGAGACAAAGGACUUGAUUCACGGACACGUCGCUAAACUUGAUGACGGCGCCGUGGUUCAACCGAGCACAGAGAGAGACGCGGUAGCACAGACGAACAAGAAUGGCAAGCGCGGGUGGAUUAACCUUGGGGAUUUUGACGGUAAAUGCUUCAGCGACCCGUCUACCUGUGAGCACAAAGGUAUGACCGUUAUGGGGUGGUUCAAGCUUGAUAAGAGCGAAGUGUCCAAACCAAGCGAGUACAUCAUGUCUACCGGAGGUCAGACCACCAAGGCUCGCGGAUUCGCCCUUCUCAGGAUCGCCAAGAAGUACAUCCUCAUCCUUAGCACCAAGCACAGGCAAUGGAAGCUCGCUUUGAAUGAUCUUCCCAAUGAAUGGUUCAACCUGGCCUUCACCUGGGAAGACAAGAAGCAGCUAAAACUGUUCGUCAACGGUGAACUGAAAGCCAAGACAACGGCAACGAAGGUGUCACGCCCCAGUGAUAGCUUCACCAACUUCUACAUCGGACGGCCCAACAACUCCGAGCUGAGCAAGCACAGAAUGGCACUAGCCCUGGAUGACCUUGCUUUGUGGGAGAAGGCGCUGACCAAGGACCAGAUCAGAGAAAUCGUUGAUAAAGGUGAUGAGACCGAAGAGCAAGAUGAAACUGUAAACUAAGUGUUCAGGAGGACAAACUUUCAUGCAGAUUGCAAGAUUAUUAUACGAAUGAAGUUUUAACACUUCUUUGUAAUUGAGAAUCCAAUUAUAAAAUGAAUACGUGGAAAUUUACUUAACUUAGUUCAAGUAGCUUAGAUUAUCAGUAGAGCUUCAGGCAUAGUAGCAAUUUUAUUAACCCGUGAAAUAGACCCCAGUACACCAACCCUUACGAAGCCCAUCGGCCCUUGUUCUUCUUUUGUUUUUCCAAUUAUAAAUACUCUAUUAACACUCCUUCUUUCACGGGUUAGUGUAAACGAAAACGCUUCCUUGAAAAACGUUACCUUCCCCCCCCCCCCCCCCCCUCUAACAACUUCUGGAAUAGAAAGUCCACCUUUCCAUGUAACAGCUCCUUCUUUCGCCUCAAUCUCGCGUUUGGAAAAAGGGUGUAGUCGGCUGUAGUAAGAAAAGUAGAAAGCUAACGGAAUGAAAUGUUUUACUUGGUAUCGUAGUGUAUGCACUCGUAUGUAGAACUGAAACAAUAAAUAAAACUCUAUGAAUCAA